CUCCCUGGUGAUGACGUUACCCAACCGACGCCGAGUCACGUGACGCAGAGAGUGAGUGUGCGAGUGUGUUGCCUACGCGCGGCAAAGGCGAGAGAAGAUGGCGGACGGGAAGGGAGAGUCCCGAGCGGGGCUAGCCAACGGCGGGAUGCCGCCGCCUCCCUCCACCCCUCCGCUCCCCCACCGCUUCGUGGAGACCCUGCGGGCUCUGGAGGACCAACUGAGGGAAGACGAGGUGUCCGUGCUCACCUCCGCCAUGUACUGCGGGAGCACUUGCGAGGUGAGUGUGAGCAGAGGAGGGGAGAACCAGAGCACACACUGCCGGGAGCUGCCCAGGGCCCGGCCGGCGAGCCGUUACCGGACAGAGCGGGGCCCGGCCGGGUCUGACUGGGGGCAAUGCCCGUGCGAACAGGAUAAUGCUGUUAUUUUGGUUGCUGACAGUGAGUGAUGGGGGCGGGGUAUGGGGGAGGUAUAUCGCUCUCCUUCCCCCAGCCCAAUUCAUCACAGUGCGAUACCGCUUUAUCGCCCGGGAGGCUCGGGCUAGCUAUGCGGGUGGCAAUGGCGGAGCUGGCAGGGGGAGAUGUCCGCUCCCAUGAUGCACGGCGGCCUGGGGACCGUGUGUGUAAAUCGUCAUUAUCAGGAAUGCGGGCAAAACAGCCAGAGCCUUAUCAGCCACACAGUGCAAGGCCAGAGCUAGCCCUCAGCUGCUGCCGCCACCGCAGAACUACAGCUCCCAUGAGGCUUUGCCAGCCUAGAGGCUGGAGCAGAGAGCAUCACUGGGGACUGGCAGUGUUUGUAACAGCUGAGGUUGUGGCCACCUCUGUCUUGGGGUUAGCGUACAGCGCCAGGCAAUAAAUCAGCAGGGAGUGUUACUGCAGCCUGGAUCUGAUAUAAAUGAUGGAGGACAAGUUUCCAAUUCCAUGACAAUAAAAAAAGAUAAGGUUAAAAGAAAGCAAGGUAGCAAUAAAUAUUGCAGGUAGGGAAUCACGUGUGCACAGAAAGCACAAAUAUGUAAUAUUUUAUAUAUAUAUAUAUAUAUAUUGCUGCAUGUGUACAGCAGCAUGAAACUUGUUGGGGUUUUUUUUUUUUUUAUUAUGGGAGGGUUCAACUUCAGUGUUACCAGUGCAGGAAGUUAAUAGGCCAGUGUUGGCUGUAUGCCUGAGUGUAUGGUGGAAGUGCCGUGUAGAUAAGGGAAGCAUUGCCUUAGUGUUAGAUCUCUUUGCUUCCCCUCCCCGCUUUGGCCUCACUCUACAGAAAUGGUAGACUGUCUUUCCUCCAUUUUCUGCAGCAGAUACAAUUCUGCAAAACAAAAAGUAAUCACAUUGUACUGUUGUCUUCCAAGUUUACAGCAUAAAUCUUAGUUAAGGUCCAUAGUUCACCUUCUAAUCAGUCUCUUUGCAAAAUGCAGUCUUGCAGAGCUGAUAGUUUACUCGUCACUUUACAUGGUCUGUUUAAGCCGUGUGGUCAUUCACUCUACAAUUUAACAUUUGUUGUCAGAUAUUCAUUAUGCCUUUCAUAAGAAUGUAGAACACUCUACAAGUAUAAUUGUAUUUUCUUUCGUUUUUGUGUUAGCUAGCUAGUUGGUAUUAAAAGGGUAAUUUAAAAAAAAAAAGCAUUGCAGAAGAUCACAGAUUAAAGAACCGCUACCUAAAGGUAUUUACCAACUGAACAAUUUGCUGCUGGCAGAGGUACCUUCACAUGUGUUGUUUCUUAAUAUCCUCAGGACAUAUUCAGGUUAAUUCACUGAAGUUUACUUUGUCAGAAAUUCAAAGUGAAUUUCACAGUUUAGUUUUAAUCACUAAACUGACAAUCUACCUAUUUGACUAUUUUGGGCUUAAAUUUUAAAAUGUAUCUCCGGAUUUAUACUCUCUCUUUGUUAUACUCUUUAAGGUAGGUGUUACACACCGACUAUAUUAUCCUAAUAUAUAUAUAUAUAGUCUUGGUUUCAUGCUAUUGGAGAUAAUACAGAGUUAUUCACUAAACUGAGAGAGAAUUUUAAAUUCAAGGUAAAAAUAGUUGAACAGAAAAAUGUCAGUCCUUUAUAUGUUUAGUUCUUGGCUUCUUUUGGUCCAGCUUUUUAAAUUUGCUUUGAAUUCUCAAGUAAAAAAACCUCUAAUCGCUCCUGUUGAAUUUAAGGAAGAUCUAAAUUAUGAUUCCUACAUCUUAAUGGAAAUCUUUAUGUAUAGUUACAACAGGACAUUUAAAUAUAUUUUGUAAACUGCCAAAUAUAAUGAUGGCAAGUCAUUUGAGGCAUAAAACAUGAGGAAGUGAGGUAUUUUUAUUUUUUUUCCCCAUAGCAGUUAGUGGAAAUUAAGAAAUUUGUAUUUAGAGGAACAAUGCAAGUACCAUACACCAAUCGUUCCCCCCAUGUUGGAAGUAGUCAAUUUUUUUACAGUAGUCAAACAUUUUGCCUUCUUAACUAAGUCAAUCUGUUUGAUUAUUUUACAGUUGGAGGCUGCUAGUGUUUUGGUUAUAUGCUUGGAGUGUUUCUUUAAAGAGCAUAGCAUUGGUGAUUUCUCAGAUUUAUAUUUUAUUUCAAAUAUUGUGGUACUUGUUUGUAUGUGGAGAUUUUUUUUUUUUGUCCAAUGUAUUUUAUGGAGUGUAAUAAUGACUGGAACAGCAGUAAUACAUAAAGAAAAACAUAUCACUGGAUUUUAGCCCAGUGCCCUCAGGCUGGAUGGAAUUAAAAUUGGUCAGGCUAAAGUCAAAACUAUUAACAUAGCUAGGGAAGAGGUGGUCUCUUGAUGCCAAGGAGAGCCCCCUUUUUUGUUUUGAUGCAACCACAGGUUCUUUGCACCAUAAGCAAAACUCUGAACUAGCUGUAGUAGUUAUGCUGAAUAGAGUACCAUUUUUAAGUAUGGUGUCAAUAGUCAAAAUCUAUGGAAGAGAAAAUCUUUUCUUUGUACAUUUUUUUUUGAGGAAUUGAGGAAUUUUAAGCCUGUUGCCUCUUCUUUCCUAUAGCAUUUGACUUUCUAUUUCUUGUUUGUUUUUUCAAAAUAUAAGCUUUGAGAAUUACAUUUUUUAUGGUCAGAUUUUAAGCAACCAUGUGUGAUCUUUUUCUGGAACAAAAGUUAAACAUUAUCCUUGUGCUGAAUGUACAAAAUGCAGAUCAGCAGCCUUCUACAUGUAAUAGUUGAACUUUUAUAGGCACCGAACUGGAAGGUCAGACAGAUCUGGAACAUCUCAAUAAAGUGGUCUGGGUGCAUUGAUCCUGUAUGUUUUACCCAUCAAAGUAAAACAUUGCUGUUUUACUGAAAAGGCAGUAUUUUCCUUCAUAUGUUAAAGACACCUCUAAUGGAGGCUAUACUGAUAGCCACUGGGGUCACUUUAGCUGCACUGCCCAAGUAAAACUUGUUCACGUGAUGAAGCAGCCCAUAGGAAAUGCAUAUUAAAUUCUUGCCACACAAGGACAUCAGAUCCCCAAUGCUCCUCUGUGAAACUAUGCCUUCUUGAUGACAUUGCAGCAGGCACAGAGACCAGCAGCACCCCCAAGAUAAAAAAUAAAAAAAAGUUUUAUUUUUCUAGAAAACGUAAUGUAGUGGCGCUAAACUAGAUUGGGACAGGGCCACUAUUGAGUACCUAACACUAUUGUUUCUUUAACCCCUUAAAGGACCACUCUAGGCACCCAGACCACUUCAGCUUAAUGAAGUGGUCUGGGUGCCUGGUCCAGCUAGGGUUAACACAUUUUUUAAAAAAAUUUUUAUAAACAAAAGUUUCAGAGAAACUGCUAUGUUUAUAAAUGGGUUAAUCCAGCCUCUAAAGCCUCUAGUGGCUGUCUCAUUGACAGCCGCUAGAGGUGUUUGCGUGCUUCUCACUGUGAAAAAUCACAUGAGAAGACGCAAGCAUCCAUAGGAAAGCAUUAUGAAUGCUUUCCUAUGAGACUGGCUGAAUGCGCGUGCAGCUCCUACCGUGCAUGCGCAUUCAGCCGAAGAGGAGGAGGAGAUCUCCCCGCCUGGCGGUGGAAAAAAAGGUAAGAUUUAACCCUUUCCUCUCUAUCCAGCCCGGUGGGACCCUGAGGGUGGGGCCACCCUCGGGGCACUAUAGUGCCAGGAAAACGAGUAUGUUUUCCUGGCACUAUAGUGGCCCUUUAAUUUUUGUAUUUGCUUUUGUAUUACACAGCCAUGUUACAGUGCUGCUGCCCACCCCAGUAUUAUUAUUGGCAUCUAUAUAGCGCCAACACAUUCUGUAGCACUUUACAAUAUUGGGAGGGGGGGUUAAUUAGAUUAUUGCAAACACUUUCAGGAACAAAAGGGUGAAGAGAACAAUAAGUAGGUUGGGAUUUUGAAAAAUACCUCUUUCUGUGUCAUUAGCGAUUUUAGCUUAAAGCAGCAAGGUGUUUUGUUAGUGUAGGACUCACCUAAGAGGUUUGCCUUGACAUGGUAGGCGAGCUUCCACGUUAAUGGCCAUUAGAGUGAUACUAAAUCACAGUGAGAAGACGCCAGCAUCCAUAGGAAAGCAUUACGAAUGCUUUCCUAUGAGACUGGCUGAAUGCGCGCGCAGCUCCUGCUGUGCAUGCGCAUUGAGCCGGAGAGGAGGAGGAGAGUUUCCCGCCCGGCGCUGGAGAAAGAGGUAAGUUUAACCCCUUCCUCUCCCCAUAGCCCAGCGGGAGGGGGUCCCUGAGGGUGGGAGCACCCUUAGGGCACUAUAGUGCCAGGAAAACAAGAGUGUUUUCCUGGCACUAUAGUGGUCCUUCAAGGAUUGAUCUGAUCAAAACAAAAUGUAAACAAAAAGUGGAAUUUGCAUUUAUUAUAUAUCAUUUUUUCAGGGCUUUAAUUUCACAUUAACUAUUCAUAUAUGAAACCCAAUUUAUUAUGAAUAAAAUCUUAAGUGUGAGAAAUUAAGAUUUUGUUUUAAAAAAAAAAAAAGUUCUGUGUGGCAUUUUAACUGUGUAUAUCAUAAUACUUAGUUUUUUUGUGUUUUUUUGGUUUGGUUUUUUUAAUGAGGGAAGUUUCAGUUGUAUCAAGGCUUGUGCAAAAGCCAAAUCACAUUUCAGCUGUCAAUAAUUUGGACACCGAAGGGAAAUUUUAUAGCGUUAAAAGAGUACUAUAGGUUCAGGAACACAAACAUGUAUUCCUGACCCUAUAGGGUUAAAACCACCAUCUAGCCACCCUGGCCCCCUCAUGCCUACCUAAAUAUAGUAAAAUCUUACUUGUAUUCAAGCCUGAAGCUGCAGGCCUAGUCCUUGUUUCCUUUAGACCUGCUGACAUCAGCAGAAGUGGUAGUGGCUUGAUCCAAUCACAAUGCUUCCCCAUAGGAUUGGCUGAGACUGACAAAGAGGCAGAUCAGGGGCAGAGCCAGCACAAUUCAAACACAGCCCUGGCCAAUCAGCAUCUCCUCAUAGUGAUGAAUUGAAUCAAUGAAUCUCUAUGAGGAAAGUUCAGUGUCUGCAUGCAGAGGGAGGAGACACUGAAUGUUUGGAUGCAUUUUAGGCAGCCAUGACCCAGGAAGGAUAUGUAACAUCUAUCUGAGGAGUGGCCAGUGAAAUUAUUACUAGGCGGUAAUGUAAACACUGCCUUUCAGACAGUGUUUACAGCAAAAAGCCUGAAGGUAAUGAUUCUACUCACCAGAAAAAAUUCAAUAAGCUGUAGUUCUGGUGAAUAUAGUGUCCAUUUAAGGCAAAUAUUAUGGCAUACAUUGAUGUGUGUACUGAUUGCAAUCUGUCAAAGUUUUACAUUAUGGUAAAAAUAAACACUAACAAGAAAUCUUAAUUAACCCCUUAACCCCUUAAGGACACAGCUUCAGAAGCUUGACUUACGCUUAAUGACACAAGCAAUUUUUGCAUUUUCUUGCUGUUUGCGUUCAACUGCAAUUUGCAUCUCUCUCAUUUAUUGCACUGACACAUAUUAUAUACUGUUUUUUAAAGGACAGAAAGGGCUUUAAUUUGAUAUAACAUAUAUAUAUAUAUAUAAAUGCUUACUUAUUAUAAAAAAAAUACAGAAAAAUGCAAAAAAAAUGAAAAACAUUGGUUUUUUUUUACAGUUUUUGCAAUAAUAAUGUGUGCAUAAUUAGUGCAGGUUAAGGAAAGUAAUUAAAAAUAAAUUUAUUUAUUUGUUCUGAUUUACAGAAUAUAUAAUGUGUCUGGGAUUUUAAGUUUUUUUUGGUAGUUACAGGUCACAAAGCACAAGGAGUAAAAUAAACUUUUAAUGUGGAGCGAUUUUAGAAUUUGGUAUGUUUGUCUUGUAAGCUUAAUAGCCAUAAAAGAAAACAAAAUUGCCACACAAAAGUAUAUAUUUAUAUAAAGUAGACAUCACGGGCUAUUUACCUAAGGUUGUUUUGACACUUUCUACGUAGCCAUUUCACCGCCAACCUCUGCUAAAUAUUGGAGUAAAAUUGUGUUCUUUUUGGUUUUUGGCACACAAACUUAUAACAGAGAAAUUCUCGUGUAUAUUUUGUAAAGUUGGUGUGUGCUAUUCCUGUACAAAGUUUUAUUUUGUGUUCAGUUACAUCUGCUGAGUAAAAUGACACCCCCAUUGUAUGUCUUUUGCACUAUUUCGUGAAGUUACAGUGCCAUACAGGAUACCUGUCCUUUUCAGUAUUCACAGUAGAAUUUUGAGAGAUGGAUUUAAUGAGCCUUAGCUUCCAUUUUGGGGUAUUAUAACAGUUUGACUGUUCAAAAAACCCCCACAAAGGCCUACCAUUUGUAAAAGUAGACACUCCAGGGUAUCUUAUAAGGUGCAUAUUGUGCCUUAACAUGCCCCCAUUUUUUCACCAAUAUAUGCCAAAGUAUGUGGUAAAAAAUAAUUUUGUGCAUUUUUUACAUACGGAUUGCAUUUUUGCUGGGCGUUUUGUAUAUUUCAUAUGUGCCACUAAGUUCAAACCCCCCAAAUUAUGCUCAGCUAAGUCUUCUGAGUAAAAUGACACCCCAUAUGAAUGUCUUUGGCACUAUUUCGUGAAGCUACAGUGCCAUAUAGGAGACCAAGCCAUAUCCGUUUUUACCAAACUUUGAAUUUUGACGCUGGGCCUAUGUGCAAUUUCCAAGCAUCUUCGCAGGUUUUAAAUUCAAACUACCCCACAAAGGCCUACCAUUUCUUAAAGUAGACACCCCAGGGUGUUUCAAAAGGUAUAGUUUGAACCUUAGCGUGGGAUCAUUUUUCCGCUAGCUUGUACCAGAUGUAGUGGUAAUAAGCGUUUUUUCUGCCUUUUUGACAUACAAAGUGAGUUUGCACAGUAUAUUUUGCAAACCUUAUGUGUGCUACGACUGUAUAAUACUUCAUAUGUUGCUCAGCUAUGUCGGCUGAGUACAGCAAUACCCCCGUAUGUACCUUUGCCAGGUAUGUGUGGACAUCGGAGGGGCACAUUUGGGACACAGCCAUUCCAGUUUUUUUCAAACUUUGAAUUUUUAUGCUGUGCCUAUGUCCCAUUUUAGAGUAUUUUACCAGGCUAUAUAAUCCAAAUUCCCCAUAAAGCCAUACCAUUUCUUAAAGAAGACAUCCCAGGGUAUUUCAAAAGGCAUAUUUUGAACCUUAGCGUGGGAUCAUUUUUCCGCUAGCUUGUACCAAGUGUAGUGGUAAUAAGCAUUUUUUCUGCCUUUUUGACAUACAAAGUGAGUUUGCGCAGCAUAUUUUGCAAACCUUAUGUGUGCUAUGACUGUAUAAUACUUCAUAUGUUGCUCAGCUAUGUUGGCUGAGUACAGCAAUACCCCCGUAUGUACCUUUGCCAGGUAUAUGUGGAUGUUGAAGGGGCGCAUUUGAGACGCAGCCAUUCAGUUUUUUUCUAACUUUGAAGUUUUACGCUGUGUCCAUGUUCCAAUUUGGAGUAGUUUAGACGGUUGGUUAUUGAAACUUCCCCACAAACACAUACUAUUUAUUAAAGAAUACACCCUGGGGUAAUUCAAAAGGCAUAUUUUGAACCUUGGCGUGGGAUAAUUUUUUCUCUAGUUUGCUCCAGGUGUAGUGGUAAUGAGCGUUUUUAAAAUGUAUUUUUUUACUUUUUAUAACUUUUUUACUUUUAAAAACUAGUUUUUAAACUUUUGUUUUGCUUAUAAAUUUUUUUUAAACUUUCCUAAACUUUCUUAAAACUUUUUUACAGAUUUAACAUUUUUCUAAGCUUUUUUUUUUACCGUUAACCCCUAACUAGCAGUACGCAGCAGUAACAGUAAAUUCCCCAUUUUCCCAUAACUCCCACCCACCCCAGCUAGCAAAAUAUAUAGUUAUAAAAUAUUUAAAUUAAUUAAUUAAAUAAAUUGAACCCCUGAGGGUUAAAAAAAUAAAUAAAAGUUAAUCCUCAGGGGUUAAAAAAAAUUAGAUCACAGUAUAAUACUGUGAUCUCUAUUUGAUCGCUGUAGGCAGUGAUCGACUGGCAGGGAAGGGGUUAAUUUUUAUUUGGACUAGGUAAAGUGUGUUUUUUUUGUUUUUUUUACUUAAAUGUUAUUAAAACAUUUUUUUAAGCUUAAUUUUUAACUUUUUAAAGUUUCUUUUAAAACUUUUUUUAACGUUAACCCCUAGUUAGCCUAACGCCAAAUCCCCCAAUUCCCCACUAACUUCCACCCACCCCAGCUAUCUAAAUAUAUAAUUAAAAAACCCUGAGGGUUAACAAAAAAAAAGAAUUACCCCUCAGGGGUUAAAAAAAAAAAAAUCAGAUCAUAGUAAAAUGUAAUCCCUGCCAAUUGAUCACUGUAGUCAGUGAUCAAUUGGCAGGGAAGGGGUUAAUUUUUUAUUAAAAUGGGUAAGGGGGGACUUUAAAUAAACUUUAUUUUUUUUUACAGCAGGGGGCAGGAUCAGCACUGAUCCGGCUCCCUGCACUUCACACAGAACCCGGAAGUGCAGGGAGCCGGUAGGUGAGUAUAGAGAGCACAUGUGCUUGCUCAGACUUGUGGUCAGAGCGAGCACAUGUGCUGGGCAGCUUGACCGGGUGCUCCCGGUAUGCCUCCAAUGCAGAGGCAUACCGGGAGCACCAUUAACCCCGCGAUAGCAGCGAUCCGGGGUUAAUUUUACCGCGUGACGGACGAGGUCCGUCACCCGUCGUUAAGGGUCUCCCCUGUGUGACGGACCUCGUCCGUCACCCGUCCUGAAGGGGUUAAGGACGGAGCCAAAUGUACACAUUGUGAACAAAACAAAAUGUAAACAAAACCUGGCAUUUGCGCUACAUAUCUGUCCAACCGUAAUUCACCUCUUUCAUAGUAAAUGCACCCACCCUUAUUAUAUAUAAUUUUAUUCAGGGGAAACAGGGCUUUCAUUUAAUAUCAAAUAUUUAGCUAUGAAACAUAAUUUUAUAUGAAAAAAAUGGGAGAAAAUACGAUUUAUUUUUUUAGUUCUACAUGACAUUUUAACGGUCAAUGUCAUAAUACUGUUUGAUUUUACUGCAAUAAAAUACACAUAUUUGUAUUCAGCAAAGUCUCACGUGUAAGACAGUACCCCCUAUGUACAGGUUUUAUGGCGUUUUGGGAAGUUACAGGGUCAAAUAUAGCACGUUACAUUUGAAAUUGAAAUUUGCCAGAUUGGUUACGUUGCCUUUGAGACUGUAUAGUAGCCCAGGAAUUAAAUUUACACCCAUAAUGGCAUACCAUUUGCAAUAGUAGACAACCCAAGGUAUUGCAAAUGGGGUAUGUCCAGUCUUUUUUAGUAGCCAUUUGGUCACAAACACUGGCCAAAGUUAGCGUUAGUAUUUGUGUGUGAAAAAUGCAAAAAACGCCAAUUUUGGCCAGUGUUUGUGACUAAAUGGCUACUAAAAAAGACUGGACAUACCCCGUUUGCAAUACCUUGGGUUGUCUACUAUUGCAAAUGGUAUGCUAUCAUAGGGGUAAUUUUCAAUCUUGGGCUACCAUAGGGUCUCAAAGGCAACCUAACCAAUCUGGCGAAUUUGAAUGUGAAAAAAAAUGAAACGCAAGCCUUAUAUUUGACACUGUAACUUUUGAAAACACCAUAAAACCAGUACAUGAGGGGUACUGUUGUACUCGGGAGACUUCGCUGAACACAAAUAUUUGUGUUUCAAAACAGUAAAAAGUAUUGCAGCAAUAAUAUCGUCCGUGUAAGUGCUGUUUGUGCAUGAAAAAUGCAAAAAACUUCACUUUUACUGGCGAUAUCAUCGUUGUAAUACAUUUUACUGUUUUGAAACCCUAAUAUUUGUGUUCAGCGAAGUCUCCCGAGUAGAACAGUACCUCCCAUGUACAGGUUUUAUGGUGUCUUGGAAAGUUAUAGGGUUAAAUAUAGUGCUAGCAAAUUAAAUUCCCUUUACUUUUGGCAUGGGUUGUCAAGCAGGUCCCGCUAAUUGUAAUUAAUUAAGAUACCUAAUUAUGUAAAAAUAUUACAUAAAUAUAUAUGUAGAAUUAAUAUAUAUAUAUGUGUGUGUGUGUGUAUAUAUAUAUAUAUACACACACACACACACACACACACACACACACACACACACACACGUAUGUGUAUGUAUAUAUCUAUGUAAUUUUUAAAAAUAUUUUUAGUUAUAUAUAGGUAUAUAUAUAGUGAUUAUAUACGUAUAUAUUAUGUAUAUAGAUAUAUAUAUUUCGUUCUACGUGUAUUUUGAUAUAUAUAUAUUUCACAAUACAGUUAGAACGAAAUAACACACAUCUAUAUAUUUUUAAAUUAAAUUUUUUAACGUAUUUACAUUUUUUUAUAUUAUAUAUAAAUAUAUAUAACAAUAUAUAUAUAUUUAAUCAGUAUCAGUCUACAUGUAAUUUGAUAUAUUAAUAGUAAAAUACACCUAGACAGUGUACGUGUGUGUGUGUAUGUAUGUAUGUAUGUAUGUAUAUAUAUAUAUAUAUAUAUAUAUAUAUAUAUAUAUAUAUAUAUAUAUAAAAUAUGAUAUGAUCUAAGUGUAUAUUAUAAUUUUUUUUACAUUUUUUUUAUUUGAUUUUAUUUCCAGCCAGCAGGGGGACCACCUGUCAUUACAGGCAGUCCCCCUGCUGGCAAUGCUGCAGCCAGCUACCCCGGGCCAUGUGAUUGUGGGGUCCUCGCAAGGACCUCACUCUCACAUUUCCAGGGGGUCGGACGUGCCGCGGGGGGCUCCCUGGGAGUGCCCCCAACCGCGAUCGCCGGCGACCGGGUAAGUAGGAAAAGACCGGAGGGCGUACUAUUACGCCCGGCUGUGUUUAGAGCCGCUUAGAAUAGGGCGUAAACAAUAUAGUUGUUGCCGAUACACUUCUUAUUGGAGUUGGUAGUCCCACUUGCCUCACAUACUGUUGGCUUUUACUGCAAUAAAAUACACAUUUGUAUUUCGAGAUGUCUCACAAGUACAACAGUACCUUUAUGUUUGUUUUUGUAAAGUUAUAGGGUCAAAUAUAGCAUGUUCCUUUUUUUUGUUUGUUUAUACACAUUUGGUAUGUACUUUACAAGAAACGCAGAAUCUCCAAAGCAAGCCAGUAGCCAACCUCAUGCUGAUGAGUUUUAACAUUAACAACGAAACAGCUGUCCAUGAGUGGUUCACUGACUGCUCCUCUUCCUGAGUUUUUCAAAGCUGUUGUAUACAGCAAACACAUACUUAAAGGAAUCCAUGUAUAAAGUGGAAUACUGGCAAAAAUGUGGUUCUUUGUAGAGCUCAUUUGCAUACACUUACUUAGAAUCCUUUGCAGUAGUGAGAACACUGUUAAAGUGAGAUUUCUGUGGGAAAAGCAAGUCUUAUGGCUUCACUGGUGUGUGUAUUUGUGUUUAGCAAUGUAUUAACUAUCCACGAUAUAUAUUUUAUUAUUAUUUAUAUAGCCCCAGCAAAUUCCGUAGCACUGUACAAUGGAAGUGUGUGUCGUAAAAUGGAUGUUGACUCAGUCGUAAAACAAAUUGGUCGGUAAGUGAGCGUGCGCACCAGUGCAGGGCUAUGUUCGGGGAAAUUUACCCGAAUGUAGACAUACGCACCAGAGCAGGGAAUCCCUCUAAUCCAUACUUGGGGAAAAUUCCAUGAACAUAGACCAGCUCUCUGAAUUGGGGAAUCCCUGCGCUAUUGAGCUGGUCAUACGUGCAAACCGUCGUAAAGUGAGGACCACCUGUAUCUCAUACAUUUUUUUUUUUUAUAUAUAUAUAUAUAUAUCUAUCUAUCUAUCUAUCUAUCUAUCUAUCUAUCUAUCUAUAAAUGGACACUAUAGUCACCAAAACAACUUAAGCUUAAUGGUGCAGUUUUUGUGUAUAGAUCAUGCCACUGCAUUCGUACUGCUCAUUUUUCUGCCAUUUAUGAGCUAAAUCCUUUUUGUUUGUUUAUGCAGCCCUAGCCACACCUCCACUGACUUUGACUGACACAGCCUGCAUGUAGACAGAAUAGUUUCAUUUUAUAUCUGAUGUAACUUGUUUUAAAAGUUUGUAUCUUCAGCUCUGUAAAUAGAACUUUAAUCACAUACAGGAGACUGCUGCAGGGUCUAGCAAGCUAUUAACAGAGGGGGAGAUAAUACAUUCUAAAUUAAACAGAAUUUGCAAUAUAGGAAGUGUAAACAUUAGAUCUCUCUUUACAUAAAGUGUUUAGGAAGGCUGUGUAGGUCACAUGCAGACUAGGCUGAACAAACAAAGCGAUUUAACUCCUAAUAGCAGAGAAUUGAGUAGUGAGACUGCAGGGGCAUGAUUUAUACAACAAAACAGCUUCAUUAAGCUAAAAUUGGUUUGUUGACUAUAGUGUCCCUUUAAAAGUUUAUCAGCAAUUUGAACUACAGGAGCUCUUCUGUGUGAUUGGAGCAGAUGGGCUAACCUUCGCUCACCGCGUGCCUUAAGGAGUCUUGCCUUGCACCACUUUUGGUAGGUACUAACCAUUGCAUAGUGGUAAUACCCCACAAGGGUUGCUGUUUUGGAGAUCCUCUGACCCAGUCAUCUAUCCAUCACUAUUUGACACUUGUCAAAUGUGUGUGUAUAUAAAAUGUGAGAGGUGGAGCACUUGGAGAGUAGGGUGGGCCAGUGAUCCACUCCACAUUUUGGAGAUUUCCAGGGGACUGCAGAGGUGGAAUCUGGUUCCAGAAUUCUGUGUGGUUUACCUCACCUGCAGUAGAUAAUUAAAGUGCUGUUAGAUACUCCCCUGUCAGAUUUUGUUUUUCUUCCUGUAAGGUGUAAAAGGAGCAACUAAAAGAAACUGAAAUGUGAAUAUUUCUGUUGGGAAAUGGACAAGCCGUCCAACCCAGUCAGUUUACAAUUUUAAGUUAAAGGGACACUAAUAGUCACCCAGACCACUUCAUCUCAAUGAAGUGGUCUGGGUGCCAGGUCCCUCAAGAUUUAACCCAUCACAUGUAAACAUAGCAGUUUCAGAGAAACUGCUAUGUUUACAUAGCGGGGUUAAUCCAACCUCUAGUGGCUGUCUUCCUGACAGCCGCUAGAGGCGCUUCGGCGACGCUGGAUGCGAAAUUCGUAUCCAGCGUGCAGAACGUCCAUAGGAAAGCAUUAAGAAAUUCUUUCCAAUGGACUGGUAGAAUGCGCUUGACUCAGGAGCUGACGGGGGAGCAGAGGUCACCAGCGCCGAGAGAGCCUUGCGCUGGAUUAAAGUAAGCUGCUGAAGGGAUUUGAACCCUUUUAGCGCCAUGUGAGGGGGACCCUGAGGGUGAGGGUCCCCCAAGGAUGACAUAGUGUCAGAAAACGGGUUUGUUUUCCUGACACUCUAGUGAUCCUUUAAAGCAUAUAAGAGCAAGGAUUUUUGUUAAACUUUGCUAAAUACCCUGUUGAAUUUUGGAGCCACAAUGAAAAGACCAAGUCAUUUAUCCAUAGAACCCUGAUCCCAGGACAAGGUACCAAAGGAAAGAGAUACUUUUGUCACAAUAUAUACACAUGCACAUAUGUUCAGUUUCUUUUUAGCUUUAAGUAUUUUUUUUUUUUAAUUAAAAUAAACUUUGUUUAGCGUUCCCUUUUUUUUUUUCUUGAAUAUCAAACAUACACAGUUUGUGCCAUUGUUAAGAUAAGUGGGUAUUUUACUAGUUGAAUUCUAUAGAUAAAGGAACUGAGCAUUUUUUUUAAUACUGCAUUCGUUUAAUGUAAUGGUCCUGAUGGUUUUACUACCAUUUAGGACUUUAUGCAUAUGUUUUGUAGUAUUGUGUUCUGAGCAAGAUAGCUGUUAACGCUGAAGAAACAUUCCAAGUAGCAAAAACCAUUACUGCAUGCCACUGGUUAUGGUUUCAGUUGUCUAGCUGUGUGUUAUGGCUUUCUUUCUAUUGCAGGGUUAAACAGAUGACUGUGAACACGUAAAGAAGGCACUCAUACACAAUGUAUAAUUAAAGAGAUGUUUCUGAUUAAACAAUGCUUGCAGUAAUCAGGGCAGAGUCAUUUUAAUUGCAUCUGCUUGAGAAAUGAAGAAUAAAAGGAAAUUUUUAAAGGAAGAUAAAUGGAGGAUAGAUGGGAAAUUUAAGCAAAAGAAAUGUGUACAGUUAUAUAGAAUUUAAUUUUCACAUUCAAAAUAAUUUUACAGAGUUUUACCCAGUGUUUAAAGCUAAAUAGGUUUAUAUAAAAAGUGUUAUCCUUUUUAGAUAAGUGUUGCUAACUUUAGAAAUGUGUUUGCGGGUGUAUUUCAUCUUUAGCAGUUGACUAAUACCUUUUUUUUUUUUUGUGUGUGUGUGUAUUCAGAAUUUUGUGGAAAGUUUCAAUAAUCGAAAUUGUCUGAAUCUGAAAUUUGUUUGGUUGAUCUUGCCUUAUUUCUGCUUAGAUAUUACUGCAUCACACAGAGGAUCUUAUAGCGUCAGAAAAUGUAAUGCUCUGUGCAGACAUAUAUGGAACUGCUCUGAGAAGCUUUGCUAAUGCUCGACCGUACCUCACCACUGAAUGUGAAGAUGUUUUACUGCUUCUUGGGAGGCUUGUAUUGUAAGUGAAAUAUUCUAUUGUUUAUUUGCAGAACAAUUGACUAUAUUGCCACCAUGGUUUUUAUAUAUAUAUAUAUGUGUGUGUGUGUGUGUGUAUAUGUAUGUGUGUGUGUAUAUGUAUAUAUAUAUAUAUAUAUAUGUGUGUGUGUGUGUGUGUGUGUAUAUGUAUGUGUGUGUGUAUAUGUAUAUAUGUGUGUGUGUGUAUAUGUAUAUAUGUGUGUGUGUGUAUAUGUAUAUAUAUGUGUGCGUGUAUAUGUAUAUAUAUGUGUGCGUGUAUAUGUAUAUAUAUGUGUGCGUGUAUAUGUAUAUAUAUGUGUGCGUGUAUAUGUAUAUAUAUGUGUGUGUAUAUGUAUAUAUAUAUGUGUGUGUAUAUGUAUAUAUAUAUGUGUGUGUGUGUGUGUGUGUAUAUGUAUAUAUAUAUAUAUAUAUGUGUGUGUGUGGAAAAGCAAGUCUUAUAGCUUAACAUUGUAUUAACUAUCCACAGACUUCAGGUGGAAAGGGUUUUCAAUCACAAUUUUUCCCCACCAUAACCUUUUUGGUUUUUGCUUAUAUAUAAUAUAUCGAUCUAUAUAUCCUCCUGGGAACCCAAAUUAUUUUUAAAAAAUUUGUCUUCCAAUAUGCCUUUAUGAAAAACAGGAGGAAGUUCCCAGCUUAUCACAUGAUAAAUCACUGGAAAGCCCAGGAUGUCCUCUUUACAAUACAGCAGGGCUUGAUAGAGUAGCUCAAAAGAAUAACAUGAGAUACAUGUUAAUGAAAUGUCCAGUACAGAGGACACACAUUAAUGGGCUGGGACUCAGGAGGAUAUAUAUAUUUCUCUUUGAGAGCAUUCACAUGGACCCCAGGAGUCUGAUUUGCCGUGGGAGGGCUGCCUGGGCUGUCAGGCAGUCUUCCCUAAGCAGAGCAUGGGAAGGCAAGUAUCCUGGGCGCUCCAGUGCUCAAAGCAGUUACAGCAUUCUAUGCCACCGCAACAGCUUUAAAGCCCAUUAUAAGCGCAACGGCAUAGAACGCCGGUAAGGGAUUACAAACAUUUGAUUUGCUUAAAAAUAGGUAUUUGGAUAUAUUGUAUGAUCAUACAUUGCUUAAACCUGCUACUAUUUACAGAGUACCCCACUGCAAUGACUGUUUUUAUGAGAUUAGCACAGUUUGGAGACAUCCACCCUCCCUCAUGAGGUUCUCUGAAAUUCAGUAUUGUUUUCAGAGUGUGUAUUUCUAUCUAAGCUGCUGGGUUUGCCAAAUGAUAAAUUAUAGCACCAAGCUGAGAAGUUACCUCAUGACUGGAUUCAUAUUAAAGUUCUUAAUGUCUGGAAUGCUGAGCACUUUAGUUUGUGCACUGCAUAAUUAUCUAAGUUUUAAUCUGUUUUGUUUUUUCUCCUUAGGAGUUGUUUUGAGGUGGUGCUUUCUAUGACUGAAGAUGAUUUUUCCUGUGAUCCUGGUGUAAAAUUUAAAAAGUCUGUUAUGGUAAGAUAACCUUGUCUAUUUUGAUCACAAAUUAUGAAUUUGCUCUUCAGGUAUUCCAUCUAGAUUUGCAUAUAAUUAUCUGAUUUUGUUUUUCUGUGAAUCUUUUGAUCUCAACAGGAUUCCGGAGUUGUUUGUAGUAACCUCAAAGCAAGUUUUUCUUUGAUAUUGCUGCACAUUUAAAAAAGGCUUUCAUUUUAUAGCUAUUGUGUUUUUAUAUGUAUUCUAUUCAUGUGUUUAGAUGACUGUUCCACUUUAAUUUCAAUUAUUUUAAUAUUGUAAGUAUUUCAUAGAUUGUGCUGUGGGAUAAUUUAAAUAAUUUGUGUGAUAUAAUGUGUGAUGCUGUAUUCUGGUGACAUUACCAAAAUAGCACAUCAUGGAAUCUUUUUAACCCCUUAAGGACACAUGACAUGUGUGACAUGUCAUGAUUCCAUUUUAUUCCAGAAGUUUGGUCCUUAAGGGGUUAAAGCGGCUCUGUAAAAAAUUUUUAAAAAAAAUGUAUUUCCUAAAGCUUGGAUCUUUAUGAAAUACUUAGACUGACUGUGUUGGAAUUUCACUAAAAUUCUAACAGUCAAAAGAUAUACGGAGAAAAAGUAGGGACUACUUUGUCUUAGUAUUUUUCCUACGCUUGACAAACGGUGGAGAUUCUGCUGUCAAGCUUGUUGUUUCCCCCAGCCAUCACCCUUGAUGGGUGUAGGGAAAUAAAGCUUUCUCUGCAGAACAUAUAAACCUCAAUGCUAAUCUCGUCCAUACCCUGAUCUAUAGGAUUGUACGUAGACCUUAAUGCUAACUUCAUCUCGUCAAUGUGUGAGAAGACUGUGCUAAUGCUUGCUUCUAAGAUGCUAAAAAAAGACUAACAGGAAGUGAAUAGUGGUGUCCACAAAGGGCUGGUUCAGGUAAACCUCAACUUUUCCUGGCCACCAGACGCCAAGCAGCUGUGUCAGCUAUGCAUAUUAUGCAGAGAUCCCAGAGGGUGGCAGAGCCGCAUUCAUUUACAAUCUUUAAGAUUUUAAGCUUCAAACAGGGCAUGAAUAUACAAAUGGAAAAUUUGUCAGCUUAAAUCAUAAUGUCUGGAUAAAGUGCCUAAGUGACUUGAAAUAUGGCUGCUCAUCUAUUACACUUUUUGCAUGCCUUCACCACCUUUUUUCUUAACAAGGUUAUUUACAGAACAACAUUUUCUUUCUAUGUUUUAUGCAAUUUGCUGUUUAUUGGAACAAUAUCUGCAAUUGCUGAAGAUGUUGUGUUAGGGGGAUACUGUCAGCUGAAGAAAAUGUUGAAUGAGAGGGUACCAGAUGGCAUGUAUUUGGAACUUCUCACAUACUGGGAAUUACAGAAGAGAUCAGUAGAACCUCUUCUGAGCAGGUGGUGGAGUUACUAUUGUGUAACACCUAAAUACCCUGCAUAGUGGCAGCACAGGAAUGUAGGUUAGUGUUUAAAGGGACACUAUAGGCACUCAAACCACAUCAGAUCAUUGAAGUGGUCUGGGGUAAGUGUCCCUGUCCCCGUUUUUCAGAAAUGGCAGAAAUGUUUACAUUGCAGAACUGACAGUCUCUAGUGGUGCUUCUGGGAGUUUACCGGACUCUAGGUCUCCUAAAUUACGCUGGACAUUCUUACACACUGUAUGAGGACGUCAUCCGUCGGUGAAAACUCCAUAGGAAAAUAUUGAGGCAAUGCUUUCCUGUGGCGAGUGCCUAAUGCGCUUGCCGUGCAUCCGCAUUGGGCCGUUCCCUCCCCCAUCCCCCCCUCGUCCUACAUCGGAUAAUUAUGUAGUAGGCGGAGAACCGACCCAGCGUCGAGGAACAUCCGUGCUGGAAUCAGGUGAGUAGAGUGGCUGUUUUUUUUAAACCCAUUCUGUUUGGGGGGUUGAGGGGGCGACGACGAUGAUGACCAAAGGGGUUAGGAAUACAGAUGUCACCACUUAAAUUGAACUGCUGCAGUGUCAAUCAGCAAGUUGCGAAGGGAUAGGGUUAGUUGGAGCUUUAGACACACAGGAGUACUCACUUUAAAAUAUUUCAGACACCCUUAUUAGUCGUGUGUAUUCAUUUUCGAACAAAUGCAUAACUUAAUACAAUUUGAUUAAAGAGAUACUCUAAGCAGGAAAUAGAAAUUCUAAAUUAAGCUUUCUGUUUAAUAAGGGAAGGUAAAACAAUUGAGGGGAGGUGUGACUAGGGCUGCAUACAUUUUUUAGUUAGACUGCAGAUGCAUGACACUAUACACGAAAACAUCUUCAUUAAGCCAACAAACAAAUGAACUACAUAAUUUCCAGAAUAAGGGAUUCCAUAAAUAUUGGAAUUCAUACAUGUUAUGUUUUGUUCAACAUGCAGCUUCAGCUCUUAAAAUGUUUGCUUGAGCAUUGCAGCAUGGUGCUGUUAAUAUAUUGUUUAAAAAAAUUGGGUCACUUAGAAUUCAAUUAAAGGGACACUUCCCAGACAAAAUACAAAAAAAAAUCUCUAUUUAGUAAAUCUAGUCCAAAUGAAAACCUCAACACCCACAAAUGGAAAAGUGAUUUUAAAAAUGUUUUAUUAUUAUUAUAAUUAUUAAUGUGUGUGUAAAAACGACUUGCAAAAGCUGCAGAUCUCUUGUUUCAGCCUUUGCAAGCCCUCCACUUCCUCCCCAGACUUUGUGGCUGUCCGAAAGCACUUUCCAUUUCAGCUCAUUUAGAAGUGUUUGCAGACAGAUAAAUAAAACCAGAAAACACAAUAUGUAUUUUUAUUGUUUAGUAUCAGAGGAUACAGAAGGACUGCCAUAUUCUUUGUUUUUUGAAAGACAGCUUGCUAUUCGGUGUUUAACUUCUAUCCUUUAUAUUUAUUUGCAAUCUAUUUGCUGACAGGAAUCCCAUGAUAUACUGGUUGAAUUUGGAAAUAACAAUUUGCAGUUGUUGGUUGAUGUUGUUAAGAAUGGAGGAGCGUGGAAAAACCCUGUUCUUGUUAAAAUAUUGUCUCAACAAUCUAUACAACCUGAAGAAGGUAAGAAAAAGUAGCAUGUUUUCACUGAUUCCACCCCACAAACUAUCGGUUGAUUUUAAACUAAGUAAGAAAUUAAACCCAGUUGAAAACAGAUAAUGUCAAAUUACCAGCCUACAGUACUUUUGACUAAUGAGAAAUUCGGAAGGGAUCUGAGCAUGUAUUAAAGGCAUAUUUCAAGACUCUAAUAGUACCCUCACUACCCAUUUGCUGUUGGAAAUUCAUAGAGGAUACAGUGAGUCUGUAAGUGUGAUUGUUCCAUGGCCUUACAAUUUGCAUGCUUUCUUCCUCAUGCAAUAUCUCUUACAGUGCUCCUUUCUGUCUUUGAUUCUAUUUGCAUUCUCAGCACUCUAAAUCUACCAGCCAGCUCCUCCAACUUGCCUCUCCAUCACCACCACCAAACCCAACAGUUUUACAUACUUCAGUAACUGAAAAAUAAUGAUGCAUAUAGUAUGUCUCUGAAAUAUUAACCGUGAAGGCACAGUCGCAGUUUAGAAAUUGCCCAUCAAAUUUGAGUUGGCUAGAGUGAAUUUUCAAUGAAUGUCAAUGUACAAAUUUUUUUUCCUGGCACUAGAGUGCCCUGAGGGUGCCCCCACCCUCAGGGUCCCACUCCUGCCGGGCUGAAGGGGGAGGAAGGGAGUUAAACACUCACCUUUCUCCAGCGCUGGGGACUCUCCUCCUCCUUCGUUCAUCGGCUGAAUGCGCAUGCGCGGCAAGAGCUGUGCGCAUUCAGCCGAUCCAUAGGAAAGAAUUCUUAAUGCUAUCCUAUGGACGUCAGCGUAUUCUCACUGUGAAAAUCAAUGAGACAAACUGCUAUGUUUACUGCAGGCAGGGUUAAUCCUAGAUGGACCUGGCACCCAGACCACUUCAUUGAGCCGAAGUGGUCUGGGUGCCUAUAGUGGUCCUUUAAUGGCCAAUUAUCGACCCAUUUUAACAUUGGUAAUGGUACCCGCCAGGGCUGUCCUCUAUCCCCGCUUUUUGUUUUGGCAUUGAGGCUAUACGAAGGAAUACAAAUAUUAAAGGAUAUAGAUGUAUUGGAGGAGAGGCAAAGGUAGCUGCUUUUGCAGACAAUGUUUUACUUAUGAUUACAGAACCAUUACAUACGCUAUCUUAUGUUCAGAUGGAAGUGGAAAAAUAUGGUGCUUUUUCAAAUUUUAAAGUGAAUAUAGAUAAGUGUGAAAUAUUGGGGGUUGGGAUAGACAAAAGAUCGAAAGGGCAAAUACAGAGGAAGUAUAACUAUAAGUGGACUGAUACAGGUUUAACAUCUUGGGAUAUAGCUGUCAGUACAACAUAAAGAAUUACAUAAAAUAAGGUUGGUAUAAAAUAUAGGUAAAGAACAUAAAAAAUGGGAUUUGCCUUUCUUUUCCUUAAUGGGUAGGUUGAACAUCAUAAAAAUGAUACUUCCCAAAGCUUUGUAUUUGUUUCAGACAUUACCUAAAUUAGUGCCUAAAGAGUUUUUUUUAGAAAGAUGUGCUUGCUGCUCAUCUCGUUUAUUUGGAGUAAUUAAACCCCACGUAUAGCCUAUAAUAUACUUACAUUACUUAUCGAUAGAGGAGGACUGGGCCUCUCACAUAUACACAGAUAUUAGGUGGCAGUAUUGUUCAUGCGAUUAAGAGAGUGGAUGGCCACAGAUAAGAAAAAAAUCAUGGUAUGCUUUGGAACAGAGCUUUAUAAAGGCUAGGCUUCAUAUGCUACCUUGGCAAAAUUGCCAGUUAAUUGUAUUGUUACCUACCUCACAUCAGUUUAUAAACCAAACAUUACAGACAUGGAGACGUUUUAAAGAUAUUUGGGGAUUGGCCCUGUGAUUAUCUGUAUUCUCCCUAUAGCAGAAUGGUCAUGGUAAGCAUUUACUAAGAAGUAUAAUAGGAGAUGCAGAUCCACCUAUAAUAUUGAUGGAAGAAACGCCUUUUAAGAUUAGGGACUUCCCUCAAUGGAAAAGUAAGACAACACUCAUGGAUAUAAUGGGAAUCUCACAUUAAAAUUUUUUCUUUAAAAAAAAUCAGUGAUACUUUAUUGGCAUUCAAGAGAUAAAACACAAUUUGAGCUUCUCUGUGGUCCACGGACAUUGAAUAAAUGGCAUUUAUCCAGUAUAUAUAACAUAAUACAGAGACAGGCUACGGAAGGGCUAGUACCUUCCUUUCAACGGAAGUGGAUACAAGGCCUUAAUAUUCAAUUGACUAAUGUGUUUUGUAAUUGUCCUAUUUAUAGUUAAAUCCCCACUCUCAUAAUAUUGUAAAGUGCUACGGAAUCUGUUGGCGCUAUAUAAAUGGCGAUAAUAAUAAUGAGGAUUGGUCAUACGUGUUUAAAAUGGGGAUGAACUCACAAAUCAGCAUGUCUAGAAAAAUUUUCUUUAGAAGAGUUAGUAGAUGGUAUAGGACUCCAGCUCGAUUACAUAAAUUUUGUCCAUUGGUAAGUGAUCAAUGCUGGAGGUGUGGAGCUAAACGGGGUGAUAUGGAACAUAUUUGGUGGGAUUGCAAGGCAGCAUGUCAUAGGGGACAUAUAUAAGAUUUUACCAACAAUUAAAAAAUGAACCCCCUCACAAAUAUUGUUGGGUUGGCCAGAAACUUUUUGUGCGUUGUAUUAACAUGGUCAUUGUGUUUAUAUUCUGUAAUUUUGAGAGCUGACACCUUAGCUCCAUAUACCCCAUUCUCAGUUUUGUGCUGAUGUGUUGGCAAUUUUGUAUAAAUUCCAUAGGAGCUGUAUGACAUUUUAGCAUUUUGUGACCAUGUGGCAAAUAAUCUCUGACCUCUCUCUUUAUAGUGAUACUAUAGGCAUCAAAACCACUUUUUAGUUUAUUGAAGCAGUUUUGGUGUAUAGAUCAUAGUCUCACUGCUCAAUUCUCUGCCCCAUAGCAGUUAAAUUACUUGUUUCUGUCUAUGCAGCCCUAGUCAGACCGCCCCUGGCUAUGACCCACACAGCAUGCAUGAAAAAAAGUGUAAUUUUCAAUCUGAUGUUAACUUGCUUUAGAAGCAUUUAUCCAGCUUUGUAAUUUGAACUUGAAUCAAACACAGUAAAUUGGAGUAGGCUCUAGAAGGCUGUUAACAGAGCAGGUGAUAUUUUUUUUUUUCUUUUCAAAAUUCUAGAUUAACCAGGAAGCAACAAAGGAACCUAAAAUAUCUAGGUUCCUUUUCAUGAAGCGUUUAGGAAGGCUGUGCAAGACUUAUGCUGGCGGGGUGUGACUAGAGCUGUUUAAACAAACUGAUGCAACUCCUAAAUGGCAGGGAAUUGAAGUGACAUUGCAGGGGCAUGAUCUCACCAGAACAAAUACAUUAAGCUGUAGUUGUUCUGGUGACUACAGUGUCCCUUUAAAGUUGCCCCAUGGAAUGACAUCUAACUUGGCAUGGUUGCUGCUAAAAUGCGUUUUGUUAGAAUAUGUAGCAUAUAUUCAUUAAUAGGUGUGUGUAUAGCACUAGCUUAUUCUGCAAGUGUAUAUUUAACCCAUGUGUUAACAGCAGUAGUACAGACAAAUGAAUUUUGUUGUAAAUUAGUGGUUUUGGUUUUUUCCUCCUCUUUUUACCAGUUCAGAAAUGGAUUUCACAAGAAGGGUCCUGUUUUCUACAGAUGCGUGCAAAACAUUUGAUGAAGUCAAACUGCAUACAGCAAGCAAUGAUCUUGUCAAAACUCUGUUCUGAAUCUGCAGACAUUUCAAAUGAUUUAUUUUUCCGUCAAACAUUUAUCACUUGUUUGUGUACAAUGUUGCCAGAUGAAGAUGCUUUUAAAGAGGUAUGUGCUACAAAAAAUGUUUACUUACAGAAAAUGUUGGCAUGACAGAUGAGAUUUUUAAUUCAACAUUACUUUGUAUACUAAAUGUAAAAGGUCACUAAGCAUUGCUGCAUCAUUAGGAGACCAUUUUCAGUCUACAUAAUACUUAUAUUAUUGUGGUUCAGCUAUGUGGCAGCUACUCAUUUGGUUUUUAUCCUGUUAAAUACUCUGUAACUAUGGGGAUUGUAAAUAAUGUGGUAUGAGCAGGGUUAAAUCCCCUCUGUCAGCUGGGCAAUUCUCCAUACCUUUUGAUGAGCUGCAUGUAAUGUUGAAUGUCUGCACUGUAUAGAUCUCUUUAACUCCCUAGAUAACCCUGCAUUUGAGAUAUCAAACUUAGCUACAGAGAUUCUUUUACUGGAUAUAGUGCUUGUGAGACCACCAGGGUCUCAGGCAGUUGCCCAGCAUACUAGUUUUAGAAUUAGAGAUAGGAGACAGUAAUACUGAAAUUAGCCAGUAGAUGGCAGCAAUGCCGCACUCUGUUUUAGCUUAGAAUCUAUCUGUUCUGAUAUUAGCAGAGAUAAACCCUUGGGAUUAGAAUUAAGAUUUGGAUAUGAUUAGGUUUAUUUUUAAGAUUGUGUUUCGAUUUAAUUUAUUGGGGUCCGCAAGGGAAUCCCUUUGCUGAUGUCAGUAGAGGAAUUCCCUUGUGCAGUUCAGCAGAGGGAAUCCUAACUCUAUUGCUAGGAUUAUGGUUAAAGUGUAAUUAGUUAGGGGUAUGUUGUUUUUUUGUUUUUGUUUUUGUUUUUUAAUUCUUUAUUUUUGGUAUGCAGGUAGGUACAACAUUACCUGUAUCGCCACAACAGCGUUAGCAGGCUCAAUAAUCAUAGUUAUAACAAUUGUGUGGCAUGUUAAGUUUGUAUACAUUUUUUAAAAUAAAAUAAGUAGUGGUAGAGUAAACAAGCCAUUAUCAAUAUAGUUUUGGGUUCAACAACAAGUUUUGUUUCUAGGCAUUCAUAUAGCAUUCCUAAGUACCCACAGGGUUAAAAAAAUAUGUUGAGUGGGUUAGCAGUUGUUUUUCGAGCUAGAACAAUAACAUUAUAAUAUUAAGGUUAGGUUGUCGCUAUGAAACAGGUUAGCAAGUUUUAGUUAAAGCAUUUUUAGUCUAUUAACGACACUUAUACUGUAGGUACCCAUAUUGAAGUUAACUUGCCGUGAGUAAUUUGUACGAAGUUCUGAUAUAUAUGUGAACUAGUUAAAACACAAUAAAGAUUAAUCAGUAAGUUAACUCCGGUUAAGUAACUGAGGGGAACUAGAUAGAUGAGUAAAUGCAAUCUGCUGAGAUUCGAUCAAGCAUAAAAUUAACUUUGACAUAUGUAUAUUAAUAUUGUCUGGUUUGGUUCUGGCGAACAGGGUAUGACUGUAAUUCCUGAGGGGGGCAUGGGUACCUUGCUCGAGGGCACAUGGCACUGUCGGCCAAUGCCUCGGCUCGGCAUAGCCAUAUCGUCCCUGGAGGGUCCCGUAUAUAAGGCUUAAGUCUGAUUAAUUUUGGAUCUAGUAACAAUGAGGGCGUUAAGGAAACAUACGUUCAGAAGAAAAGUAUAAGUCUAAACUUCGGGCAGCCAUUUUUAUCUUUGCGCCUUUUAAAAGGUGUUUGACUUGCGUGUUGCACAUAAACAGAUUAACUACAAACAGGUUAAACAUGAAUGGUUACAGACUGCCUUAGGUUAUCACUGGUUAGUGGAUGUCUAAACACCUGUGUCAGCUGGAGGGGCUAGGCAGUAUGUCAUAGUAAGAUAUACAAGUUUGAAAUCAUAUUUACAAUAUAUCACAAGUAUGUUUAUUUUAAACCGCUGCAUCAGGAUUAAUGAAACCAGUGUAGUAAGAAUUGAGUGGUGAUGUCUCUGGGAGUGGGUCUCUUGUGAGUGGCUGGCAGAAAACAUAGAGCGUACAAUGCUCUCGAGAAUAUGGGUAAAGAUGUCCCAGAGUAAUAUAUAGUUCCCAUGUUGUUUUUCUGUGGUGGGCCCUAUAGAGUCCGUAGUGGUCGAGAGUAGGGCAAAGCUGUAGCCAUCGGUAUCAUGGAGUCAGCGUUAGCCGUCUAUGUUACUGUUAAGGUUAGUCGGAUUGUUGGUCGGGUAGCUGUGGGGUACUGUGGAUGGUCCCGGCUACUUCGUGUUUAUUACCUUCCCAGUGUCUGGUGUUGUCAGGUUCCCCCUGAGCGUGUGUGGUGUCGCUCCUAGGAGGUGACCGCUGCGUAGGUAAUCGGUGUGGAGUCUCGGGGAGUGAAUGAUGUGGCCUUGCCCAGUGUCCUGGUAUGGGUUGAAGGAGUAUUGUUGGUUAACUCCACCUAGGUGAGGGAUUCAAGUGGCAGGCCCAGAGUCUGCAGUAAGGCCUGUGCUUCGUGCAUGUCCUGGAUGAUAUGCGUAGUCAUCCCUUGUUUCACCGUUAGUGCCGUUGGGGAUCGCCAGCGAUACUCGAUGUUGUGUGACUGGAGCACAGAGGUGAUCGGCUUGAGUGACCUACGCCAGGCCAGGGUGCCUCCCAAUAGGUCCGGGUAGAACGUCAGGUUCAUGGCCUCAAAGCGGAGGGGGGGUUCUUCCCCGUAGGGCUGCGAGAAUUGUUGCUUUUUCUUUACGUUUGCGGAGAGUGAUUAUCACAUCUCUUGAGGCUGCGGCCGGAGCAUUCGCAGGUUUAGGGACUGUCACGUGCGUAAAAAAAAAAAAAAGUUUGUCACGUGCGUGGGCUAUAGGCCCAGCCGAGACAGUGGGGGGAGUGUGGAAGUGACAGGGUUAAUGACACCAGACCCCUGGUUACCUGUUGCUAGUCCCAGCAACCACUCAAUUAACCCCUGCAAUCCCUUCUACACUAUCCCCCUUAGUACUACUGCCACCACCAAGACUUUUAAACCCGGGCGUCUUAGGUUACCCCACACACAGGAGAAUUAUAGUAUCACAGUUCUACUUUUACUGAUAAAACAUAUAUAGUUAACCCUUUUUGGUAACGUGUUUACCUGAGCUUUCCUCUGGAGAGUGAAGCUCAUAGAGAACAGAGACACAAGCUGAUUAAGUAAACAUUUAAUCUGACCAAAAGGAUUCACAGUGCUGAGUACAAAAUACAGAAAUAAAUGACAUACAGAAAACAAAUUGCAAAACAGUACAUAAAAUAAAAUAGGAGAAAACACAAGAAAUUCCUUACAUAUAUUUACCCCAUAUAGAAUUCUUGUGGGAGUCUUAGAUGGUAUAGGUCUCCUAGAAGUUACUGACAAAAGAAAAAUGAAUAACUGACCUCCCUGGAUAGUCCAACACCCUCAUAUAUCUAAACUAGUUGUUUCUCAGUGGGCAGACCCCUGGGGGGGAUCAGAGGGGGCUGGUCUGGCAGUCUAUUGCCCACUCUAUGAAAUUCCUUGUGUCCAGCUCUGGUGAUGGCUAUCUAGAUGUUUUAUGGUCUAGGCCUGGUGCCAGAUCAAAGACCACAAUAAAUGUCAUCCCAAGGUUUACAAAAAAAUAACUCUUAACAUAUAUAAACACACAUCAAACACCAACUCAUGCUUUUGGCAUGACACCUCCCCCUUAAGAUGGUGGACAGAAAAAUGUAGCCACAGGCUGAUUUAUCUGUCUACCAUUAACCCUCUAGUUGCCGAGACAGGCCAUCUGCCCUUUUUGUGCUGGGCAGUGAAAUUAUACCGUUGUUGGAGGAUAGGGCUCCAAUGGAGCAGUUUAUCAGUGUUACCUGUCACCUGCAGCAGGUUGUGAUCAGUCCAAACCACAGCUACACCCUCAACAAACAUGCCUGAUUUGCCUGUUUCAAUUCCCCAUCGAUCUCUGGUAACAUCCCUUAAACCACACCCACGGCGCUCAUGUAGUAGUUGUAAGGGGAAGAAACCAAUGGAUUUCUGCAGCACUCCCCGGUAAGCCCACAAAAAAGCAGAAAGAGAACACUCCCAGGAUAGAUGUGCUGUAUCAACAUCCAUCAUCUCUUUCAUUUUGCGGUCUGUCUGCUGGGCUUGUUGCACUAUCAGACUCUGAACCUUUGGUUCACAAUCAGAAAGUUGCUUAGGUGUAUGCGUGAGUUGUGAUAAACUGACAAGGUUCCUGGUUCCUCCAACAGUAUGUUUCCCUGCAGCCAUCCUUCCUGGACCCACAAGCUGAGUCUGUCUGUGCCCCUCACUUUCACUCCGGGUCAUCAGACAUACAGAACUUUGGAAACUGGCUAAGUCUGGCGCAGAGUAAAGCUCACACACCCUCUGCCCUCCCUCAUAGCCUCGCUGUCCCUUCACAUUUUCACCCAGUGCAUCACAUACAUCUGCUUCAGGCACAUAUUGGCACAUAUAUUCCUUCAGGCCCCUCUCGCUGGAAGGAUUUUCCCAUACAUUUUCACAGGACACAUUUGACCCCCCUUGAUCAGAUACAGAAUUUUGCACACACUCACAUAAUUUCUUCUCCAAGGCAGGCCAUCCUCUCGCAAUCUCACAUAGCCCCUCAGACUCUGCAGCCGUGACCCACUGCUGACUUGUUACCACUGCUGACUUGUUACCCUGGCUCUCACCUUCCUCCUCUCCCUUACUCUCUGACAUCCCAGCCUCACAGUAUUUUAAUACAGGCACAUCACUACUCACCCCUAUCUUACAUUUGGUAGACAUCACUGGUUCAGUUACAGGUAGAUCUUUAUCCACACCCUGCUCUCCCUCCCAGCAAUCACACUUCACAAUGUCUCCCAAAGUUUCACACAAUACCUUAGGUGGAGCAGUCAGCCCUUCUGGCUCACAAACCGUGUCCGCUGGAGCAUAGUGACAGAGCAUCCUGCCCAAAUCAUUCCCCAACAGAACAUUAACAGGGAUAUCCUCUGAAAUCCCCACUUCCCGCAAACCUUUGCCCGCACCCCAAUCAAGGUACACACGUGCCAAGGGCACAGCGGGGCGUACACCCCCAAUUCCUUUGAUGGACAUGGUUCUUCCAGGGAUUAUGUCCUCCGUAUUCACCACUUCAGGUCGCACCAGGGUGAAGGAAGCUCCAGAAUCUCUCAGUCCCAUGGUCACUCGGUCACCCACAAUUACACUCUGCAGGUUAUCCUCUUGUUUCCCCACGGACCCACCCACAAGCAAAACUGAUGGUGCCCCUCCACGGACUGGUGAGGGCAUAUUCCUAGUGGGGCAAGUCCUGCUCAGAUGACCAAUCUGGUUGCAUCGAAAACAACGGCGGGCAUCUGACUCACUUGACAUAGCCCCGGCUACGCUGGCAGUCGGCGGUGAAGUUCUCACUGCAGAUCUUACAAGUGGUGAUUGAACUGUAGCUUCUCUCCAGGUCGAAGUAGCAGCUGACACAAGUCCACGCCUGGAUGUGGGUGCAUGGAUUUUUGCAUAGUCAUCUGCCAGUUCUGCAGCAGCCCUAGCAUUUUUUGGCUUUCUUUCCAAAAUCCACUCUCUUACAUUAGGGCUCCGGGUCUGCAAGAACUGCUCUAGGACCAGUAAGUCAUUAAGGGCUUCAUAGGUAGUAGCUUGUACUCCUGUUACCCAUUGCCGGAACGUGGUUUCUAAUUGUGCAACAUAUAGAAUGCAGCUGGAUGAUGGGCAUUGCUGCAUACUCCUAAACUUUUUCCUGUAAGACUCAGGAGUAAGGUUAAAAGUUUUUUGCAAUGCAGAUUUGAUUGCCUCAUAGUUGUUAUCAGUCUCUGGGGGAAGGGACACAAACACAUCCAAGGCUUUCCCUUUCAGUUGUGGAGUUAAAUAUCUGCCCCACUGGUCUGAGGGUAGUUGAUGCUGCCUGCAUACUUUCUCAAAACUUUUUAAAAAUACAUCCAAAUCUGUCCCUUCUUCGAGGGAAGGAAAAUCAUCCUUACGGAGCCUACGUGUGCUGGACUCUGAUGCAUUGCUGUUCAGUGAGGACUGAAGGGUAAAUUGCAGUUUAGCAAGUUCCAGCUCAUGUCUCCUUUGUGCCUCCCUUUCGGCUAGCCUCUCUGCAGAUUCCCUUUCUGCAGCCUGCUGUUGGAUCAUCACAUGCAGGGCCUCCUGAGGAUUUGCAGCCAUCAGUUGCCGAAAUAAAUCAGUUGAGCAAAUGUCCUUAAUGUUUUGAGGGGUACAACCACCAGGCAUUUCAGUAAGCAACACUCCUGCAGUAGUAGGGAGCUCGGUAACCCUUUCAGUGUCCGUCUCUGGCUGGAAAAUAUGGCUGUCAGCCUCCACAAGGUCAGCAAUAAGUUGUGCCUUAUUUUUGCCAAAAGUUGGUAAAUUCUUUUCUUGGCACAACAAUUCCAAGGCCUCUUUUGAUUGUUUGCGAUAGGCCUCCAUAUUCACAAAUAGGAUAGAGAAAGAAAAACAAAAGAUGGAAGGGGAGAACUGUUUUGCACUUUGUAUGUAUUUUAAAUCAGCGCUGAGCUUGGUCUUUGGAAAUUACACAAAAACAAGUAUGCAAUUUCUUUUAGUGCCAAGACCCCCUUUGCAGGUAAAAUCUAGCAAGCACUAAAAAUCUCUAAAUAUAUCCCACCGCUGCCACCAGUUUGUCACGUGCGUGGGCUAUAGGCCCAGCCGAGACAGUGGGGAGAGUGUGGAAGUGACAGGGUUAAUGACACCAGACCCCUGGUUACCUGUUGCUAGUCCCAGCAACCACUCAAUUAACCCCUGCAAUCCCUUCUACACUAUCCCCCUUAGUACUACUGCCACCACCAAGACUUUUAAACCCGGGCGUCUUAGGUUACCCCACACACAGGAGAAUUAUAGUAUCACAGUUCUACUUUUACUGAUAAAACAUAUAUAGUUAACCCCUUUUGGUAACGUGUUUACCUGAGCUUUCCUCUGGAGAGUGAAGCUCAUAGAGAACAGAGACACAAGCUGAUUAAGUAAACAUUUAAUCUGACCAAAAGGAUUCACAGUGCUGAGUACAAAAUACAGAAAUAAAUGACAUACAGAAAACAAAUUGCAAAACAGUACAUAAAAUAAAAUAGGAGAAAACACAAGAAAUUCCUUACAUAUAUUUACCCCAUAUAGAAUUCUUGUGGGAGUCUUAGAUGGUAUAGGUCUCCUAGAAGUUACUGACAAAAAGAAAAAUGAAUAACUGACUCCCUGGAUAGUCCAACACCCUCAUAUAUCUAAACUAGUUGUUUCUCAGUGGGCAGACCCCUGGGGGGGGGAUCAGAGGGGGCUGGUCUGGCAGUCUAUUGCCCACUCUAUGAAAUUCCUUGUGUCCAGCUCUGGUGAUGGCUAUCUAGAUGUUUUAUGGUCUAGGCCUGGUGCCAGAUCAAAGACCACAAUAAAUGUCAUCCCAAGGUUUACAAAAAAAUAACUCUUAACAUAUAUAAACACACAUCAAACACCAACUCAUGCUUUUGGCAUGACAGGGACCCUAAAGACCUCCUCUGGGGCAGGCAUUAUGGUUUGACUGUUUGUCAAAAUCACUGGCAGUAAGCGCCCCAUGACUUUUGGCAGAUCAGCCUCCGAUAUUUCUUCAGGGACUCCCCUGAUCUUGAUAUUAUUUUGCCGCCUGGAGUCUUCCUGCGCUGCCAUGCGACGUUCAAGUUGCUGGUUCUGCUGUUGCAGCUCCUGUAUGGAGGGUUGCAGUGCGAUUAUGUCCUGGGCCUGGACCUGUGAGGCUCCCUCCAGAGUGAAGAUGCGGCCUGUCAGGCCUUGUAUGUCAGUGCGGAGCGCUGUGACAUCCUCGUGGAUGUGUUUCUGCAGGUCCGCUAGCAGUGUUUUGAGGAAUGCUGUGGUAACUGGCUUUGAGUCUGUCCCGGCUCCCCGUUGUUGUACCUUUUGCUUGGGGUUGGGAGUCGGUGUGUAGUCUUCCUCCAUGUCGUCGGAUAGUUCCUCGGAGAAGUCCGAGCAUCCGCCAUCCAGCGCAGCCAUGUUUGACUCGCUGGUGCCCCAGGCCUAACUCCACAUUUCUCCUAUCGUAAGUCCCGAUGUGGGCUUGUGUGGGCUCAUUUUUUUUUCCCCCUUCGGCCCAUACGUGCUCAGGGUGGAUUCCGUUGGUCCGGGUGUAAGGGGGGGUUAUUUUAUGUAGUUUUGACUUAGUUUAGGGCACGGAGCUAGUCUCUCUUGCGACCGUUCUCUUCGGCGUUCAGGCUCCGCCCCAGGGGUAUGGUUUUUUUUAUUAGAUUUGGGAUUAGGAUUUAGUUUAGAAUUAGGACCUGGUUUAGGAUUAUGGAUUGAGAUUGGGAUUAGAAAUGUUACUGUGCAAAUAUAUACGUAUGGGGUAUUGUACUUGGGAGAUGCUGAGAACAGUUAGAAUAAUUGUAUUACACAGGGAAUCAUUUAGGGCAGGGGUGGGUGAUCUAUGGCCCUCCAGAUGCUUUGGACUACAUCUCCCAUAAUGCUCUUAGGGCCAUAAUGCUAGCAAAGCAUCAAGGGAGAUGUAGUCCAAAGCAUCUGGAGGGCCGCAGAUUGCCCACCCCGAUUUAGGGAAUCAUUUAGAAAAUAAGUAGCAAAAUUACAAUAUGUAAGAAUUGAAAAAUAAAUGCCACAAAGUUUUGGGAGGGGGGGAGGCAUCAAAUACAUAUAUGGUAUCAUUUUUGAUCUAUUAAAAUGCACCAAAGACCCAUCUUCCAUCUGCCAUUUUUGUGAAAAACUACUGGACAGGAUAUAAUUUCAGCACUGUAUUUUGUCAAACACUUUACAAGGGUUUGCAAAGGGGGGUCAUAUAGCUGAGCACAAUUUAGUGACUUUUAUUACAGUAGCACGUAUCCAGUUUACAAAAUAAACUGCUAAAUUGCAAUGUGCGUGUACAGAAAUAAAAUUGAAUCAAGUUUGAAAGAAAUUUCUGUAUGAUAAGGUUUAAAAUAUAUCAUGACAUACCCUGUGGUGUCUGCUUUCACAUAUGGUAUGCAUUUAGGAAGUGAUUUUAACCGUCAUGCUACUUCAAUGCCAUAAAAUGAGACCUAGAUCCAUCAGAUGACCUAUCAAAAUUUUAACUGUAAAAACUUAGUCAGUUCUCUUAUAUGGCACUGUAGCAUCACAGGAUAGCGAUAAAGGCAUACAUUUGGGGUAUCGUGCUCAAAAGAUGUAUCUGAACACAAUAUGGGGUUUUUUUGGGGGUGGAAGAGAGGGGGUAUACACACGUAGUACACAUCAGGUUUACAAAAUAUACAAUUAUGUGUGCGUGCAAAAAAAAAACCUACUAAUCUGAAAUACUGUCCUCUUUCUCCUCCCCCCAUGGCUAUUAAGAUUACAAGGAUAACACAUCACAUUCUAAAAUGUCUCCACAUUGAAAUUUUAUGUGACUCCGUGUUAUUUGUGACCUGUAACUAUCAAAAAUAAACAGAUAUGCUCGACAUAUACUCUGUAAAUCAGGAUAGAUUCAUUUAUUUUUAAUUGCAUUUCUUAAACUGCACUAAUUAUACACUUUAUUGCCAAAACUGUACAUUUUUUAUUUUUAAAGUGUGUGUGUUUAAAACCCCUUCAGCCACUUACCUGAAUCCAGUGGCGAUGGCCGUGUGCGCGUUUGCUCUCCCCAUAGGAAAGCAUUAUUUAAUGCUUUCCUAUGGGGAAAAUCUGGCGCUGGACGUCCAGGGUCAGAUAAAGGACCAAAAGUCAGUUUGGAUUCCGGAGGCCCUCUAGUGGCUGUCUGUUAGACAGCCACCGAGGGCAAACUUAGAGCUACAAUGUAAACAUUACAGUUUCUCUGGAACUGCAAUACAUUGCAGCACUAAGUGCAAAAGGGUUACAGCACUCAGACCACUUCAGUUAGCUGAAGUGGUCUGGGUGCCUACAGUGUCCCUUAAAGUGCAAGACAAGCUUUUGAAGCUGUGUCCUUAAGGGAUUCAUAUUUAUUAUAUGCGAAUUGUCUACCUAAAAUUAUUUUAUACUCUAUUUAAAGUGCGGUAUUUUUAUUUAAAGUGCUUUGCUUAAAUCGAACUUGCCCAUUAAUCUGGGUAUUACUAUUCAGCCUUUAUGAGCCCACAUUAAGUAAUGGAAAGUGUGCGUUUUAAACAAUAGCUUUAAACCUCAAUUACUAUAACUACAGUAAUAUUGAUAUGGAUUCAUACUAAAUCUAAAUCCAAGUUGAGACAAUUGGUUUCAAGAGUAUUUACUCUAUUCAAUAUACUUCUCUGUGGAUUUUUCACUUAAAUCAAAUUUAGAAAAAAACAAACCGCACUUCCGUCACGUGAAGAUUCAGGUGCAAAACUGGACCAAGGGCCAGCACCAGCCCCAGGGAGUAGAUAUCAGUGGUAGAAAGAGGAUCCAGACACUCAAUAUCUUCAAUUUUAUUUAUUUGGAUAAGUGAGACACCGCAACGUUUCAACCCCCACGUUUCAAGCUUGAAUCAAAUAUAGAACAAGAUUUACAAUGUACCUGAAUUUUAAUUAUAUAAAGGAGAAUCCUGAAGGGUCUAGCAAGUUAACAGAGUAGGAAAUAAGAUUCUAAGUUAAAUAGAAUUUUUUAUAGAGGAGGUGUAAACAUUAGAUGACUCUUUACAGGAAGUGCUUAGGAAAGCUGUGCAAGUCACAUGCAGUGUGACUAGGGCUGCAUAAACAAAUUAAGUACCUCCUAAAUGGCAGAGAAUUGAGCAGUGGGACCCAAUGGGCAUGAUCCAUACACUAAAACCGCUUCAUUAAGCUAAAGUUGAUUUGGUGAUUAUAGUGUCCCUUUAAAGUUCCAUUUACAGAGCAGGAGAUAAUCUUUUAAAGUUACAUCUGACUUUAUAUGAAACAAUUUUGUUUUCAUGCAGGCUAGGGGACGUGUGGCUAGGGCUACAUAAACAGAUAGAAAAGGGAUUUAACGCCUAUAACCAAAUUAUUUUUUGUAACAGUUUAAGGGGACACUGUAGUCACCAGAACAACUACAGCUUAUUACAUUUGUUCUGGUGAGUAGAAUCAUUACCUUCAGGCUUUUUGCUGUAAACAGUCUUUUCAGAGAAAAUGCAGUGUUUACAUUACAGCCUAGUGAUAACUUCACUGGCCACUCCUCAGAUGGCUGCUAGAGAUCCCUCCAGUAGUCAGGCUACCACCUGCAGCUCCAGACUUGAAUACAAGUAAGAUUUUAAUAUUUUUAGGGAGGCAUGAGGGGACCAGGGUGGCUAGAUGGUGGUUUUAACCAUAUAGGGUCAGGAAUAAGUUUGUGUUCCUGACACUAUAGUGCUCCUUUAAAACCUCUCUCUGCCUCUUGCUUCAUUCUCUUGCCUUUUCAUGAGCACUUGAGUAUAUAAUGAAUGUUUCUCUUGAACAGCCAUUAAUAUGUAGGACUGUUAUAGCACUUUAAAGCAGUACUGUUGCAUCUGCCGUCUAUCUUCCAGUUCCCCACCAGCAGCGUUAGUCACCCUAAGUGGGUCUUUGCAAAGUCUGCAUAUGGACUUGCUUUGUGUGUGGUCCUUGACAACUGCUUUUAGAAGCACUGCAUUAUGCAGCAUUUAUCUUCCAUUAUCUGAUAAAACUACCCUACUUCAGUGUAAAUUCUACAGUCUUUAACCAAAUGUUGGUUUAAAAUAGUUUUAUACAUGUCUUUGUUUACCUUGAAUUUUCUUAGAUUUCAACGAUGGAGGGGAAGGAGGUUUUAGAUACCAUAUGUAAUCUGGAAUCAGAAGGACAAGACAACACAGCAUUUAUUUUGUGUACCACAUAUCUUACUCAGCAGCUACAAAAUGAAAUAACAUCUUGCUCUUGGUAAGUGGUAGUUAACUACUGCUAUAUUUUUAAUUUGAUGUAACAGCUGGCAUAAAGAUAGUUUAUAUUGCAUGUUGCAGUCACUGCAUGUGUAGAUUGGCAGAUAUUUUAUGCAUUGUAACAUCUGCAGUUGUAUAACACACAUAAUUAGCUAUUUUUAUUAUAAAUGGGUCUUUCGUCCCCUUGGACAAAAUGGAAAUUGACUUGGGGUGUUCCAGGUAAAAAAUUGUGUAAAUACAGAACGCUUUUAAAGCACAUUGCAAAAUAACCUUAUUGUAUGUUUAAUGCCAUAUAAGCAGAGACUAUCAAUUUGUUUUUAAAAAUUCUCAAGUAAAGAAUGUAAAGAGAGACCUAGACAGCAAGAGUGUUGUAGUUUGGACACACACAGUGUGAAUGAAGUACAGUAAAAGAUAUAUAACUGAACCCUUAAGUGGGAUAUCUGUCGAGGAAAUAGCAAACAAGUAAACAUGUUUAACAAUGUAGAGGGACAUUGUAGGCACAAUAACUAAUUCAACUAAUUGAAUUGGUUAUAGUAGACUUGUGCGUGCCCAAAAAAGUGUUUGGACGAACAGUUUCGUUCAUGCAAUGGGAAAAACUCUUUGUUGGGCACAUGAUACAGCACACACAGGGCCGGUGCUGUGAAAUGGUUAUAGUAAAAUAUGGCAUUCGCCUGGGGGUGCCAACCUGUUGGGGGCGCCCACAGAGAGGUUUCCCAUUCUACUGCUGUGCACCUCUCUGCCGAUUAUCUGCUAAGGAAGAGGGGUUUCUGCAACCCCAGAACCCGAGUAAAACACACUGCUUCAUGGUAUUCCUUCUGCCUACCUGCCUGUGAACACCGGAAACACUUUGAAGGGAGCAAUAUUCAGCUCUCUUGCUCACCCACUAGAAACAAAGGACAACUUACUGCAGCCUCGACCCCCUUCUCCUCCAGUCAUCACGUCUGGCAUAUGUGCAGGUUAAGGGGGACUGGCUAUUUUUUGCAUGGUUGUAAAUUGGGCGGGGUGUGUGUUUUUAUAAUUUAAGUGGAAGUAAGUAUGUAACACUGUAUGUCAGCGAUAGUGUGUGUGUUGGUGAGAGUGUGACACUGUAUCUCAGAGUGUGUGUAAGUGACACUGUCGGUGAGAGUGUGUAAGUGAGAGUAUUUGCUAGUGUGGUCACUUAGAGAUCCUUAUAAUACACCUCUAUUUUAAACUGAAAAAAAAUGUUUUGAACACUUGUUACCAUUAUUAAUUAAAUCCCCCCCAAAUGCAUUGAUGUAUGUAUGUAUGUAUGUAUGUUAUCAGCAGUAUGAGAGUAUGGAUAUAUAUAGAUUAGACAAUGUGUAUGAAUAUAUGUAUUAGGCAGUACGUACUUAUGGGUGUAUGUAUGUAUUAGAGGGUGUGUGGAUUUAUGUAUUGUGCUGUGUGUAUGGUUGAUUGUAUAUAAUAGGCAGUAUGGAUGUAUUAGGCAACCUGUGUUGCGGACCCUUCAAUAUUGGUCACUAAAGCUAUAUGGAUGCAUAUACCGGAUGAGUGUGUUUAUAUUGGGCAGUGUGUGUGUUUUUCUCUAAAUGUCUUCUCACUUUGUCUCUCUCCUAAAAUGUCUCCUAGUCUGUUUCUUAAAUAUCUAAAUCGUUUUUCUAUCCUUUCCCUAAAUGUCUUCCCAGGCAGUUUCCUUUCUCUAAAUUUCUCACCAGUUUGUCUUCUAACCUAAAUGUCUCUUCACUGCAAUUCAGAGUUUAGUGAAUAAAUCUCUGAGAGAAUGUAGUUCCUGCCUAGGGCAAAAUUGUGAUUAGUUUGAAACCUAAUGGAGUGUAGAUUAUACUGCCUAAAAUCUUCUCAACUUAAGUGUUAAAACUGGUCAAGAAUUAUUUAACACAACUGGUUCCUGGUCACCUACAGCUCCAGCCCCUAAUGGAGUUAUUGCUAAUGUAAAGAUUACACAAUUCCUUCUAGCUGCACCAAUUCAUAGCAGCGGCUGGUGCUGUGAUAGGCUCAAUGCCGGAAUACAUGUUUAUUUCCCUGGCACUCCUCUCUGUGACGUUAAAAGGUUUUUGUUUUUUUAACUUGCCUUUUUUCCACCACCACUCCGAUCUUUCUGCGGCUAGUACUGCCUCUUUUGCUGAGAAAAUCAGUCUUUAUGAUCUCAGCCAAUAUAAUGCUUUCCUAUGGGCGUCUGUUGCACAUGCGCAGCAAAAUGUCGCAUUGCGCCAAUCUGCAUAUAGUUAGAGAUGCAUUGAAUCAGUACAUCUCUAUGGGGAACAUUCAGCACCUAGAAGCAGAGCGUGGAAAUGCUGAACACCAGUGCUACAUACUGUGCUCUAGUAGUAUAGUGUUGAGCAGUAUAAUCUCCGCUCCGGGAUAUAUGUAAACAGCAGAUCUCUCCAAGUUGGAAAUGGCAUAUCAAACACAAAAGAGAUGUAUAGUGAUUUACGUAUGUGUAAAUGGGAAUGAAAUAAAUUAAAAUAAUCCUACUUGGUUUUUAGAGCAGAACCUGCUCUAAUUCUUAGCUUCACCUAUUUAGUUUUUUGCUGUCCUCUUUGCUUCACUCUUUCUCUUGGUGCUCCCCUACCUCUUUAAGUUUCAAUAAUUCUUGGGGUCUUAGGUGACACCAGGCAUUCCCAGGGCCAGCAUAAAGCCACUGACUUAUGCCAUUGCAUGCUAAAAGUUUUUUCCAUUCUUGAAAACCAAGUAGAGAGAGAAGUGAAAUGCCCACUCCCGCCGGGAGGAAGGGGGUUAAACACUCGCCUUUCUCCAGCGCCAGGCUCCCUCGGCACUUGGGACUCUCCUCCUCCUUCGAUCGUCAUUGGCUAAAUGCGCAUACACGCGUGUAUUCAGCCAGUCCAGAAUGCUUUCCUAUGGACGCUGGCGUCUUCUCACUGUGAAAAUCAUAGUGAGAAGCGCCUCUAGCGGCUGUCAAUGAGACAGCCACUAGAGGCUGGAUUAACCUAUAUGUAAACAUAGUUUCUCUGAAUGCAUCAAUGCAUUUGGGGGGAUUUAAUUAAUGGUGACAAGGGUGCCUAUAGUGGUCCUUUAAUGGAGACACUGUAAGCACUAUAACCAUUUAAUCUCAUUGAAUUCAUUAUCAUUUUCAGAGCCUCCUGGUGUUGACUCUGAGUUGAGUGUUAAACCAUUUGUGAGCUAGUUAACAUUAAGGGUCCAUGACCAGAUGCUACUAGAGACAGUUUUUGCAAAGACCGUUUACACUCUUCCAACCAAAUAAUUUGUAGCAGCAAUGAGCAGUGAUAGGCUGAAAUCUGUCGGCUGACAAAGUCGGCCAAGCACAGCUAUUGCUGCUCAGACUAUUGCUUCCUAAUUAGCCCAAGAAACAAAGAGGGGUGGCCUGCUACAAACUCUUUCAAUAUUAAAACAUUAAAAUGUUUAGCCUUUGUGGAGAUGAGGAUUUAAUCAGUCUAGCAAUAAAGGUUUUUGCACUCCCCACACGACUAGUGUGUUUGUGGUUUUGUUCAAUUCAUUGUACUACACUGAUCAACCACAACGUUAAAAUCACCUGCCUAAUAUCAUGUAGGUUCUUCUCAUGCUGCCAAAACAGCUGUGAUGCAUCGAGGCAUGGACUCCACAAUACCUCUGAACAUGUCCUGUGGUAUCUGACAUCAAGACAUUAGCAGCAAUACUUUAAAGUCCUGCAAGUUGUGUGGUGGGGCGUCCAUGGAUUGGAUUUGUUUCACCACAUACCACAGAUGCUCAAUCAGAUUGAGAUUUGGGGGAUUUGGAGGCCUAGGCAACACCUUGAACUCUGUCAUGUUCCUAAAACCAUUCCUAAACCAUUUUUGCAGUGUGUGCAAAUUUGCACUGCCAUCUGGAAACACCAUUGCCAUGAAGGGGUGUACAUGGUCUGCAACAAUCUCUAGGUAGGUAGUGCGUGUUAAAGUACAUCCACAUGAAUGCCAGGACCCAAGUUUUCCCAGCAUAACACUGCCUCCACCAGCGUGCCUUCUUCCCAUAGUGUAGUGCAUCAUGUUGCCAAAUGAUGCACAUGCACCUCGCCAUCCACUGAUCUAAUCUAAAAGAAAAGAUUCAUCAGACCAGGCAACUUAGUUCAUUGUUCCAUGGUUCAGUUUUGACGCUCUUGUCUUCAUUGAAGGAGCUUUCGGCGGUGGAUAGAAGUCAUCAUGGGCAUUAUGGCAGUUCUGCGGCUAUGCAGCCCCAUAUGCAGCAAACUGUGGUGCACGGUUUGUUCUGACACAUUUCUAUCAUGGCCUGCAUUACGUUUUUCAGCAAUUUGAGCUACAAUAGAUCUUUUUUGUGAUCGGACCAGGCUGCUUGCCUUUGCUCCCCAUGUGCAUUAACAAGCCUUUCGCUCCCAUGACCUUGACGCUGGUUCACCGCUUGUCCUUUCUUACCCUACUUUUGGUAGGUGCUAAUCACUGCAUACUGGGAGCACAAGACGAGGAUUGCCAUUUUUGAGAUGCUCUAGCCCAGUUGUUUAGUCCUCAGUAUUUGGCCCUUGUCAGUGCCACUCAGAUCUUUUCGCUUGCCCAUUUUUCCUUAUUCCAGCACAUGAAACUCAAGAACUGACUGUUCACUUGUUGCCUAAUAAAUCACACACCCUGACAGGUGCCAUUGUAACUAUAUAAGCAAUGCUAUUCACUUUACCUGUCAGUGGUUUUAAUGUUGUGGCUAAUCAGUGUAUCUUAUUUUUACACCAAGCAUCCUCUUCUGUUUGGGAAACUUAUGUUUAUUUGUAAAACUAUGCUAAAUAGAAGAAAAAACCCUCAAACAUUAAAAACUGUAACACUGAAUAUGAUCACAGGGUCAAGGAAACUGCAGACCCUGUGACCACUUCACUGAGAUGAAGCUGUGCACACAGUGCCCUUUUAAUGCAUGCUGGGCACAGUGGUACUCUCAAAUAUAUAUCAUGUUCCUUGGGAUUAAAAGUAGUAAAAUGGUUUUAAAGACCAAGAUCAAUAUUACAUUCAAUUUAAAAGCACACUACAGUCAGCGAAACUACUUUUGCCUAAUGAGGCAGAUUUGGUGUAUAGAUCAUGUCCUUGCGUUCUCACUGCUAAAUUCUACGCCAUUUAGGUGUUCAUUUUGUUUGUACAACCCUAGUCACACCUUACUGCUUGUGACUUGCACUGCCUUCCUAAACAUGUCCUCUAAUGUUUAUACUUCUUUUAUUGCUAAUUCUCAUUAAUUUAGAAUUUCUUAUCUCCUGCUCUGUUAAUAGCUUGCUAGAUCUUGCUGGAGACUCCUGUAUGUAGUUCAAUUUAGAGAUCAUGAGAUUAAAACUGCUAAAGCAAGUUACAUCUGAAAGUAAAACCAUUCUUUUUGCAUGCCAGCUGUGUCAGUCACAGCCAGGGGACGUGUAUCUAGGGCUGCAUCAACAGAAACAAAAAUUAUUUAACUCCUAAAUGGCAGAGUAUUGAACAGUGAGACUGCAGGGGCAUGAUCUAUAUAUAAAAAUUGCUUAAUUGAGCUAUAGUUGUGUGGUUACUAUAGUGUUCCUUUAAAAUUGCAGUUUCUCUCAUGAAGUAAGCACUUAAUUGAUUAUUAAUGUUGGAUAUCUUUUACUGGUGUGUUUUUAGUAUGUAUUAGAAUGUUUAAUCUGCUACCGGGUAUUUGUUGUAAUUGGUGUUUUCUAAUACUUUUGUCUUUGAUUUAUUCAAGGGAACUGACUCUGUUCUGGAGCAAGUUACAGAGGAGAAUUGAUACAUCUAUGAAUACCUUUCUGGAAAGAUGUAGGCAGUUCGGCUUGAUUGCCAAAACACUUCAGCAUCUUUUCUUCCUUAUUAAAGUUGUACAUACAGAAGUAAGUGAAUUAUGAUAUCUACUGUUUACAAGAUAAGUUUGGAUGUUAAAGGGACACUAUAGUCACCUGAACAACUUCAGCUUAAUUAGGUUGUUCAGGUGAGAACUAUAGCUCCCUGCAGCCUUUCUCAUGUAAACACAGUAUUUUCUGAGAAAAUAGUGUUUACAUUGGAAGCUAGGAACACCUAUAGUUGCAGUCACUCAGACUGCCACCAGAGGGACUUCCGAGUUGAUGAAUGCAUAAUUCGCAUUCAUCUUCACGCUUGGGUGAAGACUUCAAACGUGCUAUCAGCAGAUAGGAGAUAUGAGGCGAGUUCACAGUGCCUCCUAUGUCCUGUAGUAAUCCCAGAGCCUGUCCGUAAUGAAGAGCCGACAGUGUGGGAGAUAAGAACUCCUGCUCACAGCGUCGGCUCCAUCUUACAGGCUGAAGACCGGAGACCAAGCAGGAAGGGAGGAUUCAAACUGUAAGUAAACUUAUUUUGUGGUGGCUGGCUGAGUGUGGCUGGCUGACUGAGUGGCUGGCUGACUGAGUGGCUGGCUGACUGAGUGGCUGGCUGACUGAGUGGCUGGCUGACUGAGUGGCUGGCUGACUGAGUGGCUGGCUGACUGAGUGGCUGGCUGACUGAGUGGCUGGCUGACUGAGUGGCUGGCUGACUGAGUGGCUGGCUGACUGACUGACUGACUGAGUGGCUGGCUGACUGACUGACUGACUGACUGAGUGGCUGGCUGGCUGACUGACUGACUGAGGGAGGGUGACUGGCUGGCUGACUGACUGACUGAGGGAGGGUGACUGGCUGGCUGACUGACUGACUGAGGGAGGGUGACUGGCUGGCUGACUGACUGAGGGAGGGUGACCUGCUGGCUGGCUGACUGACUGAGGGAGGGUGACCUGCUGGCUGACUGACUGACUGAGGGAGGGUGACUGGCUGGCUGGCUGACUGACUGAGUGGCUGGCUGGCUGACUGACUGAGUGGCUGGCUGGCUGACUGACUGAGUGGCUGGCUGGCUGACUGACUGAGUGGCUGGCUGGCUGACUGAGUGGCUGGCUGGCUGACUGACUGAGUGGCUGGCUGACUGACUGAGUGGCUGGCUGGCUGACUGACUGAGUGGCUGGCUGGCUGACUGGACUGAGUGGCUGGCUGACUGACUGAGUGGCUGACUGACUGAGUGGCUGGACUGAGUGGCUGGCUGGCUGACUGACUGAGCUGGCUGGCUGGCUGGCUGGCUGACUGAGUGGCUGGCUGGCUGACUGAGUGGCUGGCUGGCUGACUGAGUGGCUGGCUGGCUGGCUGACUGAGUGGCUGGCUGGCUGACUGACUGAGUGGCUGGCUGGCUGACUGACUGAGUGGCUGGCUGGACUGACUGACUGAGUGGCUGGCUGGCUGACUGACUGAGUGGCUGACUGACUGAGUGGCUGACUGACUGAGUGGCUGGCUGGCUGACUGACUGAGUGGCUGGCUGGCUGAGUGGCUGACUGACUGAGUGGCUGGCUGGCUGACUGAGUGGCUGGCUGGCUGACUGAGUGGCUGGCUGGCUGACUGAGUGGCUGGCUGACUGACUGAGUGAGGGUGAGUGGCUGGCUGGCUGACUGACUGAGGGAGGGUGAGUGGCUGAGGGAGGGUGAGGGACUGGCUGGCUGACUGAGGGAGGGUGAGUGACUGGCUGACUGAGGGAGGGAGGGUGAGUGACUGGCGGAGGGAGGGAGGGUGAGUGACUGGCGGAGGGAGGGAGGGUACCUCUGCCGCAAUAUUUUAAAAUAAAAUAUAUACAUAUAUAUAUUAUACACACACACACACACACUGUCAAAGUAUAUUUUAAUAUGAAAAUACACGUAGAAUGAUAUAGAUUAAAUUAUCAUUAUUUAUAUUUAUAUAUAAUAUAAAAAGGUAUGUAAAUACGUUAAAAAAAUAAAAUAAAUAUAUGUGUAAAUUUGUUAACUGUAUUUUAAAAUUAAUGUCUCACUAUAAAUAAAAAUAAUUUAAAAAAAUUAUAUAUAUACAACUUUAACAUUUAUUUUACUAUUACAGGCACUUCCCCUGCUGGCAUUGCUAUGGGCGGCUAUGCCGCCCAUGUGAUCGCGAGGUCCUCGCGAUCACAUGGCCCAGGGGGUCCAGAAAGGAAGGCGGGGGGGGACUCUCUGGGCUGCCAGGUGAGUCCCUACCCUGCGUUCGCUGGCGUGCCAUCGCCGGCGACCGGGCAAGUACAUAGGACGGCUUAGGUGUUCUAUGCCGCCCGCCGGCGUUUAGAGCCGGGUCCCCAAGGACGGGAUAGAAUGCCCACCGAUCUUAAGGGGUUAAUUUAAUGUAUCAACAUUGUUUUUGUAUUUUAUUGUACCCUAUUGUAUCAAUGCAAUGUUUUGUGGACCCAGGACAUACUUGAAAACGAGAGAAAUCUCAAUGUAUCCUUCCUGGUAAAAUAUAAAUAAACAAAAUAUAGUUUUCACAGGCUCAAAACUACCACUCAAGAUUUAAAAACAUUGCAAAAAAGUUUUGUUUAGCCAUCUCUACUUCAGUGCCUAAAUUUACUACAGAAAGUGUGUGUGUGUUUUUUUUGUUUGUUUGUUUUUUUUCUUCUAUUUAAAUCAAUUUUGUUGAGAAAACUGUUCAGUAUGUUGGGGGAGACGGGGGACUCAAAGUGACUCAGUCAUCAGAAAUGUAUUUAUGUAUUUUUAAACCAUCAUAAUAUAGUAUUGCCUAUAUGGUAAGUCUACAAAUUUGCCCCAUAACUUUAAUUGAAAAAUCUUACAAACCUUGGUUUGAAGUCAUGAAAAGCAUUCAGCAGGCUGUUCAGACAACUUCUUCAUAUACAGUAUAGUGAAAUCCUGUGAAUAGUCAAUUAUUGUAUAGUUGAUCUACAAUGUUAUGGUUGUCAUCACUAUUUUCCCCCCAUCAUUAAUGUCAGUAAGACUUGAGCAAUGGUGAUGUAAUUCCAAAUGGCCACCUUCAACACUGCAAUAUCUUCUUUUAGUAAAAUAAUACGGUAGUUUUGACUAUAAGUGUUAAACUGCUGGUGCAUUAAGUUAAUUAAUAUACAAAGUGUUUCAGGUAUUUAUAGUCACUUUUAGACUUUUGAUGAAAAUUGUAAAUUACCCAAAGAUCAGUAUAGUCUUUUUGGUUCCUCAUAAGUUAGAAUUUUGUUAAGACUCUUCUAACCCAGUAAUUUAUAUGUUUGGAUUUUUUCAGGCUGGUGAUGCUGGUGUUCCUGUUUCUAUCAUGUUAUGCAUACGAGCACUUCAGAUUCAGUCAGUUGAAACGGAUGCCACAAAGAUUUCUGUGUGCAAAACUAUUGCUUGUCUUUUACCACAAGACCUGGAGGUCAGAAGAGCCUGCCAGCUCACUGAAUUUUUAUUUGAGCCAACCCUUGAAGGUCUUAAUAUACUGGAAGAGCUUUUUCAGCAGCCAGAUCAAAAGAAUGAAGAAGAAUCCAGUAUUAUUUCAAAUUCUCUUCGUUGUGAACUUCUGCUGGCAUUAAAAAGUCAUUGGGUGUUUGAUCCUGAAUUCUGGGACUGGAAAACCUUAAAAAGACAUUGCCUUAAAAUUCUAGGGAAAGAGGUUUCCGACACAGAGGAAGAAGAAAAUUAUGGGGAAUCUUCUGCUAAUGAGCCAGAUAUUUUAAGUUCCACUUUGGCCAAUUAUGAAGAGAGUGCUGAGCAAACCCAAGAAUCUUUAGAAGUUAACAAUGAAAUUGAGAAUGUUAAAGUGAGAAAACCAGUUGGAUCAUCUGAACGAUAUAAACGAUGGCUUCAGUAUAAAUUUUACUGUAUUAUUUGCAAAAGAGAAGUAAUUGAGGCAAGAAUUCUACAUCAUGCUAAAAUGCACCUAAAGGAUGGUGUGUACACUUGUCCUGUUUGUAUCAAAAAGUUCAGGAAAAAAGAAAUUUUUGUCCCUCAUGUAAUGGAGCACAUGAAAAUGCCGAUGAGGCAUCGACCAAAAAAGAAAAAUGAACAUCUUAAUAUUCGACAUGGAGUAGACGUUGUUAAGGAGGAGUCAGAUGAUGAGGAUGGUUACAUGACAUUCAGAUCAUUACAAGAUAAAAAUUUGCAAGACAGAGAUGUUUACCCAUGUCCUGGUAGUGGUUGUUCCAGGGUUUUCAAACAGUUUAAAUAUUUAAGUAUACACCUGAAGGCUGAACACCAAAACAAUGAUGAAAAUGCAAAACACUAUUUAGACAUGAAAAAUAUGAGAGAGAAAUGUAUGUUUUGUCGACGACAUUUUAUAACUAGCUUUCAUUUGAAACAGCAUUUGAAAGUUCAUGUCGAUCCUGAUCCUUUCAUGUGUGUGUCAUUAGACUGUAAUGAAAAGUUUAAAAGCAUUAAUGAGCUCCUUCUCCACAAACAAAAACACCUUGAGUUGCAAUAUAAAUGUGAACUGAAGGGCUGUAAUCUGGUUUUUAGUGACCUAGGACUACUUUACCAUCACGAAGCUCAGCAUUUCCGGGAUGCUUCUUAUAGAUGCAAUUUUCCUGGUUGUAAAAAGUUCUAUUAUUGCAUUUCUGAACUUCGUAACCAUAAUGCCAGCCAUGGAUUACAGUCAGUAGAAGGUCGUAAUAAUGGAGCAGAUGUAUUUCAAGAAAUUAAAAGUGAAAGCCAGCUGCUACCUUGUUUUCGUGAUCCAUUGCCUUCUGUUACUAUGGAGAAGGUUUGCGUUAAUAGUCCCACAUUUGCUGAUAGGCAUUUGAUGUCCGAUAGUAUGCAGUUGGUGCCUCAAGAUCCCUGUUGCAAGCAGUUGGAUUUCAGCUCACUUUCUUACAGCCACGGUGAACAUGUACACAACCCAGAAACCUGUUUACAUCAUGAUACAAGUUUGGAAUGCACUUGUGAAAAUGAAAAUAAAGGACAGGUCAACUUUCAAGGACUUCGUCCACCUCUAUUUAAGCAGAGUAGUGAGACUGUUGGUGAGGAAAUAGUAGGUCCGAAUACUUUAACAAACUGUACAAGCUCACAAAUUUAUAGUUUUAAUGAGGAGGCUAUAAAAACAAAUCCUGAAUAUGAAACAAAAAUAUCUUCUUGUGACACAGGUUCAGAAAAAGUAACUACUGUAAAAGAAGAGUGUACAGAGUUCCCUGUUGUGAGUGCCUUCCCUGGGCCAUCUGCCUCUGAAGACACUUUGUGUGAACUUUUAACAAGUUUGAAACAUUUAAACUUGAAAAAUUCCAAUACAUGUAUAGCAUACGCUGGAUCACAAGUGCAAGAAGAUAAAGCAAGUUCUUCAAAUAACGGUGAGACAACAAAAAUCCCUCCUUCCCAAAAAGAAAAGGUGCUAAGUCAGUAUCUUGCAAGAUUGGCAUGUAAACCAUAUUUCUGUGAACUUAAAGGUUGUAAAUAUGCUUUUGUUACAAAGGAUGCUCUCUUAUUACAUUAUGUAAAAAAACAUCAUUACACAAAGGAAAAGGCCCUUAAAUUGCAAAUGUUUCAACAUAAAUUCUCUCCAUUUGAGUGCCAUAUUUGCCAAAGAUCAUUCACGAGGAGAACCCACCUUCGUAUUCAUUAUCGAAAUAAGCAUCACAUAGUUAAAGAAAAGGUAAAUUGCAGACCAGGACGUAAAAAACUUGAUAAUUCAAUGCAAAGCUGCAUCAUGAAAGCAAGAUACGCAAACUGCCUGAAAACUUUCCAGCCAAGUGAAACAAGCAGCGGAAGUUCCAUACAGAGGUCUCCUGUUCAGGAAGACUUUAACUCUGAAAUGUAUGCAGAUUCAUUGUCUGAUGAAACCGAUGCUAGCCAUGGUCUUUACUCUGGAAGUCAUGGAGGUGACUUUGAAACUACAAAGGGGAGAGGAAGCAGACGUGUUGUAGCCCAAGGAAAGUUGUGUUACAUACUAAAUAAAUAUCAUAAACCAUUUCACUGCAUCCAUAAAAGCUGCAACUCUUCAUUUACAACCCAAAGAGGCUUAGUUCGACAUUACAGGCUUGUACAUCAGUAUAGCAAAGAAUCACUGUGUUUGGAAAAAGAUAAAGAAAAAUCAAAGAGAGAGUUUGGUAAAUGUAGAAGAAUAUUUACCUGUAAAUAUAAGGAGUGUGGUAAGAGUUUCAUAUGUGCAAGAGCACUUUCGAAGCAUUAUAGAGAGUUUCAUGACCACGGUGAAAAUGAAGAUAAAGAGCUUGAAAUGUACUUUACAGAAAACCACUUGAAACCCCAAACAGACGAUGAAGAAAAGUUAAGCGAGGAAACGGAAAGCGAUGAGUCUGAAAUUUGUUGUGACGUAGAAGGCUGCAGUGCUGUGUUUACAAAUCAUAUAAAUUAUUCUCGACACGUUUUGGCCCGUCAUAGAAAAUAUAAACAUAUGGAGGGCAGGAGGAAGCGGGGUCGGCCUCCUACCCUGCGCCGUGUGCAGGAAAAGCUCAAUGAAUCAAAACCUGAACGCCGUAUGAUUUACCGUAGAAAAAAGAUAAGAGUAAAAACUAAGGCUAUGAAAAAAGAGUUUGUAGUAUUCAAAACAAAAGAGGAAGCAUUACAAAUGUGUGCUUUGAAUGUUACUAUAACGCAAUUCCCAUGUAUGGUUCAUGGAUGUGCCUCUGUAGUAAAACUAGAAAGUAGCAUUAUUCGCCAUUACAAACUCACACAUCAUCUAUCGCCUGCAUAUGUUGCCAAUCAUUUAACAGAGUUGGUUUAUUGUGUUAAAAACUUCCCUGGGUGUAUUCAAGAACAAAUUUCUUCAGAAGAGGCACACAGUCCAAGAAAGCGGGAUUGUAUUCCAGAAAGCAAAGUACCCAAACUAUAUAUGCAUGGUGAUGUACAUAGCACUUUGGAUCAAAGCGACGGUUAUGAGAGAAGCCCCAAAAAAGGUGUUAAUCGUGAAGUCAAAGACUCUUUAAAUUACUCUCCAUGUAACUAUAACAAAACAUCACAAAGUUGCUUUGCAAAAUCACAGUCUCCUAAAGGCAGUGAAAAAGAAAACCUGUCUUUCACACAUUUCCAGGCAGCUUGUAGAAGGGACAAAAGUGAGGUCAGUAGUCCAUUGGAUUCCUCUCCUCUCAGUUCAUCGAAGGAAGAUGCACAAUCGGCAUUUGAUUUAAAGACUUUUAAGCCUAUGGGAUUUGAGUCCUCUUUUUUAAAGUUUUUGCAGGAAAGUAAGGAAACAGAUGAUGAGUUUGAGGAUCAGUCAGAUCAGUACAAACAUCCACAUGUUUUCCAAAAUCAAAUGCUGCCCUGUAAAAAUAGAAAACGCAGUGAAGCCUGCUUGUCCCAAGGCACACGUUUAAGACAUGAGAACAUUGAGGGGUUCAGACCUUUACUUUCUAGUAGUGCUCAAUCUGCAGCAUCAGUGCUCACACUACAGAAUUUAAGGACAAUAUUGGACAAAGCAUUAACAGACUGUGGAGAUCUUGCUUUAAAACAACUCCAUUAUCAAAGACCUGUUGUUGUUCUGGAACGAUCCAAGUUCACUGCACCACUUAUAGACUUAUUUUCAAACAAAAAAACUGAUGAGUUAUGUGUUGGUUUUUCAUGAGGUCCGCACUCCGCAACAAAUGUGCCAGUAUUAAUUUAAGGUACCCAUUUAAGUGACACAGAAAGGUUAUUCGUAAAGAACAGACUUUUGUACCAUGUAGAAAUUUUGUGCAAUUAGAUGUUUCAUUUCAUGAAUGUAUUUUAUCUGUGUUCACGAUCUUUGGUUUCUCUUCCCAGCUGAGAAAAAUAAUUUGAUUUGGUGCUAGGACAUCAAUAGAAUGGGGCUUCCUUUGACAAUAAAUGUGCAUGAUUGUCCUGGGGUUCGGGAUAUGUUUUUCAUACUUGAAUGAAUAUGCACUCAAGAGUGCUCUAUGUAAUAUAUUGUACACUACAACCUCUUAUAUUUUUUGAGUUCUGUUUCAAUAAAUUGCAAACUUUCACCUGUUUUGAUGGUGCAUUCCAACUUUUUAAAAUCUAUUUUUUUAAUGUAGAAUAAGCCUUUUGCCUUUUUUUUUUUCUGCAUAAUUUCUCAAAGCUGAGUUUUUGUUAAAUUAACUCAUUAAAGUGUGAUAGCUGUCCACAUUGUCUGCACUGGGUAUAGACUUAGGUUGUUUAGUGUUAAUAGUUUUAUUUUUAUAUUGUUUAAACAAAUUGCUUUGAAUUGGGUAAAAUGAUUUUCUUGUUAUGGACAUUUUAAAUAAGCUAGAUUCAUUUUCCCACAUGCAAGAAGUUUCAGAAUGUUCACGAACCAACCUCGGCAUGUAUUUAACAGUAUGUAAAUUUUGAACAAGAGACUUUGAUACCAAAAUGUAGAGAAUAAUUAUUAAAUCUAUUAUUAGAAAAUGUGUUACUUGCUGUUAGCUAACCAUUUUGGGCUCCUUGUUUCCAUGUCCAUAUAUGGACAUAGUAUAACAGUAAUAGUUGAAAGAUACAUCAUGGUAAAAUAAAGUUAUAAUAAUCUGGUUUUAUUUUGGGUAUAACUUUUUGGAUAAUUUUUUUAACUAUGCAGAUAUUUUUUUUCCCCAUGUUAAAGUUGCUUACUUUACAAGGUCUGAACAUCAAAU